CGCCACCACUCAGUGACUAGUUCCCUGCGAUAUGACGUCUGAGGAACGAGCGCAGAAAUUCCAUGCUGAUGACCUUUCACUCUCCAGAUCUGAGUAGAACUUCUGGUCGGCCGUCUCGCGAGGGAAUUUGCUUCAACCAAUAAGAAGCACUUUCCAGAUCUGGGUGGUGACACGUCACCAGUAUGAAAUUUCUGCGCUGCUUUUUUUUAGGCGGCAUUUCGCGGGAAAAACAGAAUGAGUGGUGGCGUUGCGAAAGGUCGGCUGAAUUGUCAGGCCACAAAACAAUUCUCACGUUUCUCUUGUCCGUAUUAUCGUAGCUGAAGUGACUUUAGGACUUUCAUUUUGUUUUAUUAUAUCAGGUAACAGCGCUGAUGCAGUAAACAAUCCUGCUUGCAUUGGAAAGUACAGUUUUAUCCAGUUUAUAGCUUCCGCUGUGUGUCACAGAAAUCCACUGACGUCUGGCCGAUAUCUUGGAAUUAAAAUUACGAGAACAGAGUUUCUGACGCUUUGCGAGGUGGAAGUGUACUCACGAGGUAACGGUCUGAUUCUUUAAAUUUGCGUCGCUCGUAACCAACUUCCACCUCACCUGGUUUUUGGUUCAAUGGACCUUUCCGCAUUUUUUCAACAUUUGACAAGGACUAGUUAGGGACGCCACUGGAAUGAGCGUCUUAAAAUUAGUAAACUCGCCAAUUUUGAGGGUGAUACGUCUUUAACUAGCAGCGAAAAUACAGCUCCGCAAAGUUGCGAAAAAUUUGCAGACGUUUUUAUGGUGGGGGACGAGUUUGUUCUCCCCACUAUACAAAGAUCUGUAAUUCUGCAACAAAUCACUCUCAAACUUGGCAAUUUUAAUAAUUUAAAGGCGUUCUUUCCUUAACUUGUCUAUGUCAAAGGUUGGAAAAAACAGUGGAAAGGGUCUACUUGAGCAGAAAGAAAUGGGAAUAGAGGAAUAAUGCUUUAUGAAGGUUACUUGGAGCUGUUGGUUAGGCUGGUGUCGCCCCAUGUGAGGUAAACCGAAUCAGUCUUGGAUUCUGGAUUCCACGUUGUGUAUUCCGGAUUCCCAUUUUCAGUAGGAAUCCUGAAUCCCUGAGCUAAAUUCCCAAAUCCAAAGCCCUGGCUGGCGGAUUCCAAAAGGAAAAAUUUCCAGGAUUCCGUAAUCCGGAUAAUCUUACUUGUGAGGAUUGGUGGCUCCUCUCUUUCUUUCUUCUUUUUUUCUGUUGACAUAAUUGUUCCUUGAUAUACAGAGAACUUGUCAUUUUAUUGUUAAUUAGUUAAUUAAUUAAUUAAUUUUUAUUUUUGAAUUAAAAUAUAUGAAAUGACAGGCUGAAUAUCAGCCGUCCCUGCUGCGGCCCUCGAGUAACAUACCCUCCAAAGGGAAGUCUGAAUCAACGAGCCGAUAAUGCCGUCCAAUGACGCUACGACUCCUCUGCUUUAAUUUGCGUAAAAAGUAAACCAAAAUUGGAAACUGGCAAACAAAGACGUAUCACUGGGAAUUAGGUCUACCUGGUACAGAAUUGUUUUACUCGUCACUCAUUAUUUAUGUUAAACGUUGAAACUGUUUAAGACGGAAUCCAUCAGGAAAUUGAGAACAAAACAAAGAGGGGACAAAAACGUUGUACCAGAAUAUUUUAAGCUAUAUCGCAUUCUUAUUUUACACUUUUCAAAGGCUAUAAAUUUCAUAAGUUAUCUGAAAUAAUUCGAAAGGGAAGGAUCUUAGGGUGCCUGUGGAAAAAAAAUUAACGGCAAUUGAGAAAACACAGGUAAAAUCGUCAUAAGUAAGAUUUUGUUCGGUGGAAUUUGAAGCUUUUGAAGUUUGUUUGCUCGGGUUCCCAUAAAAGCCUUUUCGUUCGAGUUAUUUCUUAUAGAACUUAUGACAUUUAUAGCCCUCUAAAAGUGUGAAAAAAGAAUGCUAAAUAAUUGAAAUUAUUCUGGUACAAGGGUUUUGUCCACUAUUAAUUAAAAUUUCUCAAUUUCCUAAUGGAUUUCGUCUUAAUAACUACAUGAAGUAUGUUGAACAAACCUUUUGCUUGUAUGGCGGCCAUAAUUCAAUAAUCAAACUUGAUCGCGGCCACGCAAUAUUGAACACACAGAGGAAGUCUCUUCCUUCAAUUUGAUUUAAUUUAAAAGGAGCUAUUUGGUCCUUAACUUAACGAACAAACAAGAAAGAAAGAAAAUUAAUCAUUACACUUGAAGGUGGAAAUGACAAGGUUUGGUAAUUUGCUAGCUAGACACAAAAAUCACUGCCAAAACCACAAAGCGGCUUUAAAUGAAAACAUACCGCCUUUUCGCAUUGAUUCUUCAUUCGUAGUUCAAUUUAACAAGUCAUAAUUUCGAAGACAUGGGAUAUUUUGCUCUUUAAAGAUUGUCGACAUUUUGAACUUUACGCAAGCAUGCGAUCCGCUGAAUAUCACAUAAAAGUUCCGCUAAAAUUUCUCAUAAUUAUACAUAAUUAUGCAAUGUUUGGACAAUCAACCAAUGAAAAUCACUACCUGGUUUUUGGGUAAUGACGUCACUGGACGGUAUUAGAGACUCGUUGAUUCAGACGUCCCUUAUGCGACCCAAGGAGAUGGCUAAAAUUUAGGCUAAUGAAAUGAAUCAUAUUAAUUUUGAGCUGCGGAUAAAGAUAUGAAAGUGAACAUGAUCUUUGUAUUAUUGAACAACCUCCUUGUUUCUUUGAAGAAAAUUUAGCGUAUCAAAAGAACACGAGUCAGUCAAGUACUUUGGGCGAUAAGGGUGCUAGUGGCCACGCGGUGGAUGGAGGCAGCAAUACUCAUUGGAAUGACUGGUCAUGUGCACACACGCCUAACGAAAAACAGCCCUGGUGGAGAGUAGACUUGGGAAACGUGGAGCUAGUGAAUGAAGUUUACGUCGUAAACAGAGGAGACUGUUGUGGGAACAGAUUGAAUCCUUUCGAGAUCAGAGUGGGUGAGUAAACAUUUCUGAUAAAGACAGUGAAUAUUUUGUUAGUGUGCGUGCAUUUUACACUGUAGGUCAAGAGACAAAUACGUACAUUGAAGUGAUAUAUUUAUCUUAAUAGCCAACGUUCAGAAUAUUAAAAUUCUAACAUGACUCCGAGGCUUUCUGGUCAUUUUUCUAUAUUAAAUUUAGUUUUCUUUGUGCUCAAGUCCUUUCUGGGUUUUGCGAGACAGUGGAGUCGUGAAAAUUUUUUUAUUUUUUGCCAUAAGCCUCGGAGUCAUGUUAGAAUUUCAAUAUAUCGAACGUCAGCUAUUAGUAUUUUCUGCAAACUGAAUCGAUUUUGCCAUGCGAUGAAAGCAUUAAAAAGGUGAUUUUUAGAAUUAAACCAGUGUAUAUGUAUUCUUAUUCUGAAAUAGCCCUUAUUCACAAUACCCGCCAUGUUCACACACGCUUUAGGGUUGAUGGGAUAAAGGCAAUGUCACUUGUCAAUCGGAUUAAUGGUCGUCGAGUUUGUUUACACUGUCGAAAGGGUACGACGAUUUACUCUUGCAAAAUGUCCAGUUCCAUCCUCGGAGACCCAGCGGCAGAUAGUGAGGGCGAGGGAAAGUCUAAACGGGCGGGAAAAUAUGGCACGAAGAAAAGUAAAGAACGGCCAGAAGAGCCCCUGGGGACAAUGUCUUACCAGACCAGUUCCAGACGGUCACCGCCGUUCUGGCUUCUGAUUGGUGCCAGAAAACUUUUGUGUUUUUCUGCCCAAUCAGAAGCCAGAUUGGCGGCGACCGUUUGGAACUGGUCUGGUAAGACAUUGUCCCCAGGGGCUCUUCUGGCCGUUCUUUACUUUUCUUCGUGCCAUAUUUUCCCGCCCGUUUAGACUUUCCCUUGCCUCCAUUAUCUGCCCCUGGGUCUCCGAGGAUGGUCCCGUUCGAGUUGCGACAAGCUUUUACGCCAUUUUUGAUUGCUGUGAGGACAUCUAUGGUCACUACGUCAUCUAGAAAAGAAACAAUUAUCCCUUCCUCUCAUUAUUGACCAUUAUCGUCUUUAAAGUGAAACGUUCUUUGUGUCGUAACGCCACUGAGCGUUAUAUAAACAAUCAUUUUUCUGUUUCGUGAUUUUUUCCGCUUGAGACGUAGGUUAGUCAUUUUAGAGAUAGUAUCUGUCAGAAAUCCUUAUUAUUGGUCAAUCUGUUACGCUCGGAUUUCCUUUAGCAAAGUAUAAUAGUCAUUUUACAAUUAAAAUUUGUCUUUGUGUUCUUAACGCUAAAAUGUUUGAAAAUCCAGACGUUUCGGGACUACUGUCCCUUCAUCAGUGGAAGAUGCCGUUACACUGAACGCGCGUCAUUUUAUUCAAAUGUGGUAACAUUUGAAGCGCGCGCUGGAAGAAAUGAUAUGAUGGUAGCUGUUGUGCGAGCGGGUCUUCACAACACCAGGGACAGACGUAGAGCGGAGGGUCGCCUAAUUUUUAAAUGCAAAACUCUACAGCAGCGCGGCAUAAAAAUUGACUUCAAUUUUAUUUGAGCGAACUCUUCCAGCGCGCGCUUCAAAUGUUGAAAUUAAUUAGAGACGCCGUCUAUAAGAAGUUCAACGACAGGAUCUAUCAACUCGUGACAUCCACGCGACUAAAAGCCAAGGCGAAAGCCGCCGCUGCAGUGAAAAAAGUCCGAGUUGCAUAAACAAAGGAUUGAAAUCGAAUCGCGCUCAGCGCUGCUGAUAGAAGAAGAAGAACUCGCCCUUGCUAGGCGUAAGAGAAACGAAAAAGGCAGGCUCGAAGCGCUACGCUUGGACGAAGAGGCAGCGAUCGCGUUAGCAAAGGCUAGAGCCAUCGAGGACGACUUGCAAUUGUCAGGUGCCUCUGUUCACUCUCAAACGCCUUCCCUGCCAAAUUUAACGCAAGUAAAUCCUGAGGAACGCGUACAAAAAUAUUUAGAUACGCACGAAGAGCCCUUUUGUCUCUCCCAUGACAUCACCAAAGGGGAAGAUUUGCAUUCGGAGCAAAAACACCACCCUGAAAACGAGCGUGGGACAAAGGGUAAACAAGAACCAGACGCAAAGCAGAAAAUCCCAUUUUACAGCGAGCUCAACCCAAACUCCUCACCCUUUACGCAUACAUCCGAUCCAGUUCAAACAACCAUGGGUACCUACAUUGGGUUUAUGGCCCGUAGAGAGCUUAUAUCGAACAAAAUCGAAAAAUUUGACGACCGCCCAGAGAAUUACCACACAUGGAGAGGGUCAUUAGAGAAUAUGAUCGCGGGAGUGAAGAUAAGCCCCAGUGAACAGCUUUCCUUAAUUAUCGAGUACACCACUAACGAAUCAAAACGACUUGCGCAAAGACUCCGCAAUGCUUAUAUUGACAACCCUGGGGAAGGGUUAAAGGAAGUUUGGUGCAAAUUAGGAGAGAGAUUUAACUCAAACUCUGUGGUCACGCAAGUUCAUCUCCAGGAAAUAAACUCUAUCCCCACGAUAGGAGUGCAAAACAGCUUCAAGAGUUUGAUGAACCUGCCUAUCUGAGACCUAUCGUCACCAAGCUCCCCGCCGACCUACAAGGGCAAAAACACGCAUUUAAGUACAAAACACAGCAAGUGGUAGACUAUCCUCCUUUCGCCGGAUUUUCGCGAUUUAUUCAAGAAGUCGCUAAAGAAAGAAACGACUCCUACCUAAAGCUAGAAAGUUGUGAUGAAUCUGAGAGUUUCCAUGGCAUAUCGACCACUAAAACUGCCGUUACAACUCCCGAAAGCCCUGAAAAAGUAAAGUCCGUCGAGAGUCCUGACAAGUGGUGUUUCCUUCACGAAAGACCUCAUCCCUUACGAGUCUGUCGCGAACUAAGAAGUAGACCGUAUUCUGAGCUCCCGGGACUUACUAGCACGGCGUCACAUCUGUUUUCGCUGCGUUUCAUCAUCCAGUCACACUGCGAAAGACUGAACCUUCACCCCAAACUGCGGAAUAUGCCACAGCGACAGACACGUGACUGCUAGUCGACGCUAGUUGAUUCAGCAAGACGGGAAAGAAGCACGGCGAGGAGCAGGAAGCUGAGACCUCCCAAAGAGCGGAGCCUCCGGACGUGACUAACUGGUGUACCGAAGCAUGCGGUCAAAACACCGUUGGAAUCGGCAGAUCCUGUCCCAAAAUAUGUUUGGUUGACGUCUAUGACCCGAGCGCGCCCCAUGUAACGAUGAGAACCUACGUUAUUAUAGACGACAAAAGCAAUCACUCCCUGGCUAGAGCCAAACUUUUCGACAAGCUAAACAUUAAAGGAUCAGCCACUUCGUACACCCUCAAGACCUGUUCUGGCGUUAAACAGACCCUCGGGAGACGUGCGCAUGGACUGGUAAUAGAAUUCUUAGACAAGCAAGUAAGGUAUCAGUUGCCAACGCUAACAGAAUGCGAUGAGAUCCCAAACAAUCGAGAAGAAAUUCUCACACCAGAGGUAGCAUGAGCACACCCGCACCUAUUUUAAAUAGCAAACAAGAUUCCCACACUUGAUAAAGAAGCGGAGGUUCUGCUGCUUGUCGGGCGAGAUAUUCCCGCACUGCACAAGGUUCAUGAGUCACGCAACGGACCCAGAAACGCGCCUUGGGGCCAGCGGUUGGACCUUGGUUGGGUAGUACUUGGAAAUACCUGUCUCGAUGGCGUCCACAAAUCGGUAGCAAUCUCUACUUUCAAGACCCAAGUCCUCUACAACGGUCGACCUUUGCUGUUCAUCCCCUGCCCAAACCGCUUUUACCUUAAACACGAUACCUCUCCAAUAGCCUGGGGCGAGCAAGAAGAAAACACACCCCCCAUAGGCAGCCCCUUUGACGAUGGCCUAGGGCGGAACGUGUUCGUACGAACAAAUCACGACAAUAAGCCCGGGAUUUCUACUGAGGAUCGCAGGUUCCUGAAAAUCAUGGAGGAUGGCAUGGAAAAAGAAUGAAAACGGAAGCUGGGAAGCUCCGCUGCCCUUCCGACACGACGUCAAGGAUUUUCCCAGUAUCCGAGUGAAUGCUAUGAAACGCCUUACGUCUACACGCCGAACCCUAGAUAAAAACCCAGUUAUGAAGGAACAGUAUUUUAUCUUCAUGCAGAAGAUUUUCGGUAACGAUCAUGCUGAAAUUGUUCCACAGGAAGAUCUGAGACCAGAAAAACUUUGUUGGUACCUGCCUCACUUCGGCGUAUAUCACCCUACGAAGAAGGACAAAAUACGUGUAGUCUUCGAUUCAGCUGCUGAAUCUAACGGGGUGUCUCUUAACAAGCUGUUAUUGUCGGGUCCUGACCUCACUAACAACCUUCUUGGGGUGCUGUUACGUUUCCGUCAGGAUCCAGUCGCUCUGGUAGGCGACAUGCAGCAAAUGUUUCACUCUUUCAAGUUAAAAGAGGAAUUGAGAGACUUCCUACGGUUUCUGUGGUACAAGGAUAACGACCCAAACGGCGCGAUAACGGAGUACAGAAUGAAAGUUCAUAUCUUCGGGAACACUUCGUGACCAGCAGUAGCUAACUACGCCCUACGCAAGACUGCUGAGGUAGGAGAAGCGAUGUUCGGUUCAGACGCAAAGUCGUUCGUAGACAACAAUUUUUACGUAGACGAUGCCCUCCAUUCCGCCCCGGAUUCAACCACGGCGAUAGAUUUGCUACGUCGCACUCAGGCCAUGCUAGCCACUGCAAACCUUCGCCUGCACAAAAUUGCCUCAAGUCACGCUGAAGUAAUGGAAGCCUUCCCGCCUGAAGAUCAUGCAUGUGGCCUCCACAACCUAGACUUCAACAAAGGUCCUGUUCCCAUGCAGCGAUUAUUAGGAGUUUACUGGGACUUGCAGUCCGAUUCUUUCACCUUCCAAGUGCUGCUAGAAGAAAACCCAUUUACACGGCAAGGAGUUAUGUCGGUUACCAACAGCCUGUAUGAUCCCCUGGGCCUUGCAGCACCAGUCAUCGUUAAAGGAAAACACUUACUCAGACCACUCUAAAGGAAUUUAGCGCCUCACACCCCGAUGCCUGGGACUACCCUCAACCUGCAGAAAGGGAGGCGGAAUGGAAAGAAUUGUGUCAUUCUCUAUGAGCUCUAGAAGAUAUCAAAGUUCCCCGCUCUUACGGAACAGAGGCAUUUUAAAUGUUCCGCUCGCAUUGAACUGCAUACCUUCUGCGAUGCCUCGGAGAUGGCAAUUAGCGCAGUAUCAUACCCAAGAAUUGUCCACAACACCUGCCAGGUUCAAGUAACAUUUGUGCUCGGAAAAGCCAAGUUGACACCAACGCAUGCCACGACAAUACCUCGCUUAGAACUUUGCGCAGCCGUUCUGGGGGUUGAGAUGACUGACCUUGUCCACGAAGAACUAGAACAGAAACCUGACUCGGUGACCUGCUACUCUGACAGCGAAGUCGUUUUAGGUUACAUCUCAAAUGAAUUCCGCCGAUUUUAUGUUUACGUCAGCAACCACGUGGAGCGCAUUCGUCAGCUCCACACCGAUGGAAGUAGGUCGCUACCAAUCUGAACCCUGGAGAUGUAGCUACACGAUCAAUCGAAGCAAGUAAAUUAAAAGAGAGCACGUGGCAUAAGGGUCCAAAGUUUCUGUACAACAACCUUACAACUGUCACUAACGAUAGGCACACGGACGCAGAAAUCUUUCCCGGCGAUCCAGCGAUGCGCAAAGAUUCGAAUGUCUUGGCUACUCACGUAGAAGUCUGUUCGACCAUUGGCUCAGAGCGCUUCAGCAGGUUUUCAGAAUGGUCAAAACGUCAAGGUGAAAUCGCAAAGCUGAUCACCGUUGCACGAUCAAAGAGUGAAACACUCUCGCGGGACAAUGUCACCGCCACCCAGUCUUAUCAUAAAGCAAAGGUUUUCAUCAUCAAAAGUGUCCAACGGCAAGCCUUUGGCGAAGACAUUGAACGCAUCAAACGCUCAGAAAAGGUUUCCAGAUUGAGCGUUCUAGAGAAGCUGAGCCCCAUAAUAGACGGAGAAGGAAUUCUUCGAGUAGGAGGAAGACUUAACCAAGCAGACCUAGCCAACGAGGAAUGGAACCCCAUUAUCCUGCCCUAGGUCGAGCCACGUCUCACCUCUUCUGAUCAGACAUUACCACGAAAGAGUACAGCACCAGGGAAGAGUUCUAACGCACGGUGUACUUCGCAGAAGUGGGUACUGGAUCUUGUGAGGAAAGAGAUUGAUUAACAGCAUCAUUGAGAAGUGCGUGAAAUGUAAGAAAUUGAGAGGUCAAUGCCAGAUCCAGAAAAUGACCGACCUACCCGUGGACCGAAUUAGUCCCGCGCCCCCGUUGAGCUAUGUUUGGCUCGUUGUAUUUGGCCCCCGGCAGAUUUGCGCCCGGAGGACCAGAGGAGGCCUUGCUCACAGCAAACGCUGGGCCGUACUAUUUGCCUGUAUGUCAACCCGUGCGGUACACAUUGAAGUCAUUGAGUCUAUGGAUACUUUGAGCUUUAUUAAUGCACUCCGCAGAUUCCUAGCUAUAAGGGGACCGGUCAUCCAGCUUUGCUCAGACUGCGGCACCAACUUCGUAGGAGCAUGCAACGAACUUCAGGCAGUGCUAAAACCUUCCGACGCUAGCCCUGUUAAAAGAUAUCUGCUGAAAGAAGGUUGCGAGUGGCUAUUUAAUCCACGCCACGCUUCGCACACAGGCGGUACCUGGGAAAGAAUGAUAGGCGUGGCGAGACGAGUAUUGGAAGCCAUGUUAGCGGAUGUCUCGCCGAAACACCUCACACACGAAGUCUUAACAACCCUGAUGGCUGAGGUAUCGGCUAUCGCAGGAGCCCAUCAAAUGGAGCCUCCAUCUCCCAUACAAGCCCUUUGAGUCAACCCUUUCCCGAAUAGAUUUAUAAUUAGAACGGUUCCCAGGGGAGACUUCGCGUGCCGAGGGUGGGAAGAGCCAAUCACAACGACGAAAUGACACUGCUAUUGUACUUCAUCAAACAGCAUGAAAUUCGUUGUUGACAUGCCAAACACAAUCAUAAGCUAGUGAAACGUGACUUUAGCGUUUUCAUCCCUCAGAGAUUUUCUUUAUUUUUUCUUUCUAGCGGGUAGAUUAUACUGUGGAGAAUUUUAAACUCUGACUAUUUUAAUCUUAAUUUUGGUUGCUUGUCUCACAUUAAGAGGCCAUGAAGCUGGUCUGUUACAUGCAUAAUGAUUAACUACUACCUGCUGUCUGUAGUUCUAACAGGAUUCGUUUUCUUUAGCCAAUUUUUUUGAGCGUUAAGGUUCUUAUUUCGGCUAAAUGACUCAGUAUUAAUCAAAUUUCUAGUUUUUGAAGGGUUUUUUUUUCCCGAAAUGCGUUUAUCUGAAUAAAUACUUGUAGUCUUUGUGGUUGUUUUGUCCGUCAGCUAGUGUGAUGAUUCCCUGCUAUGUUUUGUAACGCCGGGUCCAGCCAUUGUCUUCUCGCAAAGAGGUGAUCUACAGAUGCGAAUUCGAAGGAAGGAAUUGAGCCUAAACUUCUACAUUAACUGCCGAGAAUUGUCCUGUUAGGCAGUCAUAAUCCUUUUGGCGCAGAUACUAUCCAUUUUGUUUUUCUUGAGAUAAGUGGGUCUUUGGACUGGAGCGCGAUGUCACAAAUUCCUCCGUAAGCAAAUUACUUUUGAGUUAGCUUCACGGUCGAGCAACUGUUGUCUUCUGUUCAACUUUUCAAGUGCCAGUUUUAUCAGGUAACUCUCAUGGUGAUACAACUCAGUUGUAAAGGAACACUGCAAUUUCUCAAAUUUCGGAGCUGAAGCAUUCCUCGUUAGUUGCUACUUAGGUCAUCGCUUUUGCACGCGGUUCUUAACUGGCGAAAUCCACUCCACGGUGAUGACAAAAAUCAAAUGAUCCUGGCACUUUUGCGGCGCUGAUCAUCGAAAGAUUCCAAAUCGUCCACAGAACGCAUAAUCGUCGGCUCUUUUCAAGGUGCAUGCUUAAAUGUGGGGUGUAUGACAGCAAAAAAAAAAAAAAAAAAACACUCGCAAAGAUAACCUUUCCGUGAUCCUCAGUUCGCUGCCUUUGUCCCAUCGCUUCAUGCUCAGUCUCAGUCGGGUAAUUCAUUAACUUUUAUUUCAUGAAACCCAGAUCCCAGCGGCUGUAAGAUUGUAAAAAUGGACGAAAAGGAAAAAAGGAAGACGGUCGAAGGAUGGGCUUCUGAGUUCGACUUCAUCAAAUUUUAUUUUUUCACGGUGACACACGAGACUCACGGAAAUAUGACACUUUUCGCGGGAAACUAGCCGUUCUAUUUAUAAAUCUACUCGGGAAAGGGUUGACUCAAGAAAUUAAUGGAGAUGGAGGCUCCAUUUGAUGGGCUCCUGGCUAUCGUCAAUGCUAGGCCGCUCCUUUCAGUCUCCAACGAUCCAGACGCGCCUGAAGUUUUGACCCCAGCGACAUUGCUGACUCAUAAGCCGCAACACCUGAAACCACCAGUUGGGGAAUUCAGUGCUGCAAACCUGUCACACAAACAAUGGAAACGCGUCCAAUACCUAGCCGAUGUUUUCUGGUAGCGAUGGAGGAGAGAGUACCUUCCAACGCUGCAACCGCGUAGAAAGUGGCAAGACCCGACCCGCAACGUGCAGAAGGGCGACUUAGUCAUUCUCCGCUGCAAAGACGCCCCGAGGAACGACUGGCCCUUCGCCAGAGUCACCAGAGCUCAAGCCGACAGUGACGGAAUGGUGCGCAGGGUGGACUUAGUAACCGUUCGUGGAGGGUCAAGGAGGCAUUAUAAACGCCCAGUUACAGAAACCAUCCUGCUGCCGUCAGAGACCCAAUGAAUCCAGCUGGAUCACUGACACUUUUCCCUCUUUAUUUUAUUUUAUUUUAGUCAGUAGUGGUAUUCUUGAAUACCAGGCGAGGAGUGUGCCGUCACGCCACUGAACGUUAUAUAAACAAUCAUUUUUCUGUUUCGUGAUUAUUUCCGCUUGAGACGUAGGUUAGUCAUUUUAGACAGAGUAUCUGUCAGAAAUCCUUAUUAUUGGUCAAUCUGUUACGCCUUGAUUUCCUUUAGCAAAGUAGAAUAGUCAUUGUCUUAUUUACUUGCCUAUGUAAGUUCUUUCCUUUUUUACCUUAUAAAAAGUAAUUUCAACUUCGCUGGUUAUGCUGCCCUAUCUCGGCCAAGACCAAAUAUCGGUCGAGGUAGCGGAACAUUCUUCGUUUUCUGUUUUCUAGAAUGAACAAACUCGACCGUGAUUUCUUGCCCUCUGUGAAACUACGUGACAUUGCUUUUAUCCUAUCAGUCCUUACGCUACGGACAAACGGAUGCAACAACUCCCAACAGUGUUGCGUCCGUUUGCUUGGGGCUGAAAGUUUUGCUGGUUUAAAACUUUGCACAAGAACUCCCAACAACACGCAACAACAUGCAACAGGCUGUGCAAACGACGCAGCAUGUACCAUCCAACAAUUUUGGGAGUUGUUGGCCAACAACGCAAAGAUAGCGAGUAUCGUGAAUAACGUCUUUACGGCCAAUCUGUACAUUUGUAUUUUAGGAGUAAAUUCGAGUAACGGAGGUAUCACCAAUCCAAAGUGUGGGGAUGGCUAUAGCGUUCCUCAAAAUCAGGGUGCCUCGUUCUUCUGUCGCCCAAGUUUGUACGGAAGAUACGUCACCAUACGAAGACAUGAUGAAAGGACAGCCGCACUAACUUUAUGCGAAGUUGAAGUUUAUUCCGCACGAAGAGGUAGAGAACCAUCCUGGAUUAGUGUAAUGCACUAUGCUUUGGUAUUUACAUAGGAUAGAGCAAAAAUAUUGUGCGUAGUUUUUUUCAGAUUUUUUUUUUAAUACUUAAAAGACAAAGAAAUUAUAAGCGAAUCUUUGUUUACAUUUUUGCUUCAUUAACAUAUGGCUAUCAUUGUUUGAUGAAGCUAGUGAAAUAAAAUCUCUGAUCAAAAGACCGUACCAAAAUUUGAGCCCCAUUAAUCGAAUAACUUUGGUGAAAUUAUCGUUAAAAACUCGAAUUUUUACAAAGAAUACGUGAGCUCAAAUAGUAAACAUUUUUGCCACCCAGCAAUUUCGCCGAUUUUGAUUGCUGCUAUUUCCUUUUUUAAUACUUGCAAAGAGCUAAAAAUUGCACAAACUACAAAUAAUAUAAGCAAUGACGUCAAUAUGGGAAAAAAACCAAAAAACAAACAAGCAAGCAAACUGAGAAACAAACAUGUAGUACUCACAUGUCAACGAUCAGUCAGGAACCAAUUUCAUUCUUAUGCUCGGAUAUGGCUAUCCGGAAUUAUUUUGCCCGGCAGUAAAACAGCACAAUAUAGGUGCAGACAUAUUUAAAAAAUAGUUUUAUUUACUAUGUAAAUGUUCUCUCUGUCUCACGGAUCCUGACAGAUUAGAAGUACUGAAAUUAAGAUAUACCCAGGUCAGUGUACAGGCCGCCCUGUAACAUUUGAACGAACAGGAUCGAAACAGAAGGGCUGUCAAAAAGGUUUUAAGUAGCAGGCUGAUAAUGAAUCGUAGGUGGCUUUGGAACUCGCACCAAAGGCACAAGUUCUUGACGGCCGAGGCGCCUAGGGACAUUUUGAAAUUUAGUGUCUCGGAAAUGGCAUUUCCAGGGCUUUUCAAGAGGAAUUUUCCACCGCGGACGCCAUUUUUUUUUGUCAGAAUACACGCAAGACUAAGAAUAAUGUCGUUGAAAUGUCCCAGGCGUUCCACGACAUCGCACGGUUCGAACAUUUCACAGAUAUAAACCUGUUUAAAUAUGCGUUCAUUGUCAUUCAAAACUGUCGAACGUAUGCUUUACAAUUUUAUCCGAUGGUGCCUAUUUUUUGUCAGCAGUUAUGGUAGGAGGAGAUGAAAAUAGCUGGCGAAGGAUGGCUAACUAGCUGGGGGUUUGGCGGGCUACCGGCCCUGGUUGACAGCCCUGAACACAGGGUCUCCUAAAUACAUUGAAAACACUUUUUGGGCUAUCCAGAGUAAUUUUAGAUCUCUAGAAAUGCAUUCUUAAAUUUGUAUCUGUUCGGUCAUCCUAGGGCAACUUAAAUCUUUUCAUAAUUAUUAAGGCUUCAGUAUUACUUUCCCGAAAACUUUAGAUGUAAUUUAACGUUUUACGAAAGUUAGAAUUUUUCUAAUUCCUCUCUUCAUGGCACUUUUGAAUCAGAAAAUUUUAGGCUUCCUUUUUACACGAUAAAUAGCUAAACCUGGGGAGUGAAAUGUGAAUUGAUUAAACUUAAGAAAAUCCUAGGGAAUUUGUUAGGUAAGCUUCGAAAAUUGUACAUGAAUGGAACAGUCACCUAGAAAUUUUAGCCGUCCUCAAGAAAUAGAAAAUUUUAGUCAAUGUUUGCUUCUCCGAACAGAUAUUUUACAGAAAACAGUCGUUGGGUGCCCCUGUGAACAGAAACAAAAUUGUCUCCUUGUCCCAAACGAAAGCUAAAAAUUUGUUUAGGUCAAGGGAAUCGAAUCAAUUGAGCUUCAGUGCUCAACAUAAACUGCAGGAGUUGCUAAUUAAUUAAACAAAGCUGAAAGUGGCUACGUCACGCUGUUUCCUAUCUUCUUCAAAAGGUAAAACAAAAAAAAAUAACGCUCCAGCGUUGUUAUUCAAGGCUUUUAAUUUAAAUUUCUGCAAUUUGAUUGGCUCAAAGCAGUGGUAUUUCAGCUUAAUUUGAAAUAUCUACAUGUGAAAACUACAAAACAUUUGCGGGUAGUAGUAUAAACAAAUAAUAGCAUAAUUUGUACGUGAUAUUUGGCAUAAAUACCACUCGUGAUAUUUCAAAAUUGUCUCAAAUUUCAGUCGCCUAACGGCUCGUGAAAUUACGUAUAACAAUUUCGAAAUGUCACUCGUGGUAUUUAUGCUAAAUAUCUCUACCAAUCGUGCCAUUACCUAUACAACUUUUUCAAGUUUUAAUACUAAUGCCUGCAAAAGUCACCGAAAACAUUAUUAUGGUUGGUGCUCCCUGAUGGAAUUUGUUGAAUGAAUGAAUUAAGAGUCGUAGAUGAGAGGACAACAGACGUGCCCUCUUACAAUAUAUUUUAACAUGUGAACAGUAACCUCGGACGUCAGUACAUAUAUGAUAUAUAUGAAAUCUUCUUCAUGACUCUACAGUGUGUACAGGGUUCUAUCUAGGAUUUAUCGUUUGGGGGAGAAGUCCUGAGUGGCCGAAGGCUACGAGUUUCCUAGGGGGAUCCGUGGGCAUUUCCCACCCGGAAAUGUUUUCAAAUAAAUAUGUACUGAGCCUGAGAUGCAAUUUGGUUCAUCUUGAGCCACAGUUUUAAGAAAUUUUACGGUGUGUGCACUGGCCUGGUCGCGUCUGGAUUUUUUUUCCGAUAUAGUUACUUAUAGACUGUGAUGAUAAAAAUAUUUUUGGGGCGGCGGGGAGCUGGGUAUUUUUUUUGGGGGGAAGCUUCUACGCCUUAAAUACCCUAGAUAGAACCCUGGUGUAUGGUUAAAGGUACUAAAUGUUGGCCUGUACACAGACGUUAUUUCAUUUUUCUUUUCGUUCUUUUGGAAAACAUCGGCGUGUGCUAGAGGGAGACACCCCUUUGUGCUGCUGGUCAAUAAAUCCCCCGCGGUUUAUUUUUUAUCACGCGCGCUCGACGGACUUUGAAGAGAAAAUAGAGGGUUUGUGAACAGGCUAAGUGUAAGCACAUCACCAUUUUGUGCCGGUCUAAACCCAGGCGAUUACGCCUUGAAAUACUAUUGAUAGAUCGACUAGACCCUUAAUUUAAAAACUACAACAACAACAACUUUCGAUAUUUAAAGAGGAUAUGUCAAGAGAUUCUGUUGUUUUAGGUCAAUGCUGUUUUGAAGUCACAAAGCAGUGGAUUGCCCCGGGGCUAACAGAAACGUUGUGUACACAGGAACCGGUGCCCACUUUAGUGCCCGAGUACAAGGUCUUGAACUACGGGAACGCUGCCUUUAAAGAGCUGUGUCAUGGCUGUUUACUUCCUUUUGUUUUAAAUGCCAGUUACGCGUCGUUGUUCGCUGUGAAACUCGAAUUACCUUAAAUUACCUUUAAGUGACAAAAUCACAGUUUUGUGUCAAACAAAUUAUGCCUCCCAAGCAUCAUAUCGAUCGUUACAAACAACAAUAACUGAACAAGUUUGCAAAAAUCACAAUUUCUAUCCCAGUCAAUGUUCUUCAAGUUUGCUCAUCCGUUCUUUUUGUGGCGUUACUUUGUCAUUUAUAACUUCUACCUUUUUUUAGCAGUUAUUUCUCAUUAAUGUUUCUCUCAAUUUGGUGGGGCUACCCAGCGUUUGAAUUUUGAUAAAUUUCGUGACAUAGCUCCUUUAAUCAGAGUCUUAAAUUCUUGAAAGAGUCUUGAAGUUUGCAGUUGAGAGCAAUUUUACAGACCUGAAAAGCGUCUGGAAAAUAGAGUUUAAGUCUGGAAAAAAGUUUGGGUGCUUUUUCUCUUUUUGAAAGGUACAUAAAGUGCUUAAUAAGUGUUUUUUUUUUCCGUGGUCAACAACCUCGUCCCCAGGGCGCUUUUCUCUGGCUUUGGAGGUGGGGCGUGGUCAAAUCCUAUUCAAUCUCGCUCGUAGCCAAGACAUUCAAUAACAGAAUUUCUCAUAUGUCUGCACUGCACCGUGGUUACUGUACGUUAGCGGUGCGUCAUGAAAAAUGUUUGAAUCCUGCGUUUUUCAAGGUCUCCAUCGAUCAUCUACAGUCGAACCCCCAUGUGCGACCACCUCCCGCAAGCGACCACUUGACGCAUACUCUGAUCUCUAUGUUCGCUGUGUGCACCAUGCUACUUAGAAUAUAGUGACAGCACGGAACUACACAUGGCGUAACUUAGACAUUGCAUGCAUUAAAUAUCUUCUAUAAAGUACAUGUGUCUGGACCUCUUCUUGGAUGAGGCCCCAUGUGCCUCGAUUCUUGUAAGCGACUACCUCCCGCAAGCGACCACUUAGUCUGUUCGACUGUAUUUGAUAACCUUGAGUCUGGAAAACAAACUAUUGGUUUGGAAUUAUGUCUGGUAAAGUCUUGAAUUUUGGAUCCAAAAAUUAGUACGAGCUCUUGUUAAUGUACAGAGAGCUUUACCGUAAUUAGAACCAACCUUGGGAAGCAAAUCCCCACCCCCUCGAAAAUUGCCUUCUCUUGGACCUUCUCUCCCCUCGGAAUUCCCGUUUCCCUCCGUGGAGGGGGGUGGGGAUAAGGAUAUUUUCUGGAACUACACAUUACAGUUUUUUCGGUGAUUAUUCUAGGCACCGCAUUACAACUUGAAAAACUUGGCCAAACAUUGUCAAGCUUUAGUUUACGUCCACUUUUGCCAUCCGUUGCAGUAGAAGACAGGAAGAGUUUCAGUGCCUGAAUACAGCCCUGAAUAAAAAUGGACCAUUAAUCUUUGAAUUAAAUUGAGCGAGGACACUUUUAAACAUAUGAAAAACACAGCAAAGAAAAUCUUGAACAUGAUACUUACUUAGGGACGAUAUAACAGAAAAAAAUCUAUUCACUCUUGUCCUGGUAAGGUUCAAUCAACGUAUGAUUAAGUUAUAAAUAUCCUUUUUUAGCGUGCCAAAUCCAGGCCAUCGGUCUGGCCAGCAGUGACGCUAUCCCAGACAACAGCUUCUCUGCCACGACUGAUCGUUCUGGUAAUGAAGCUUCCAAGGGUCGUCUAAACGGAGAUGGCGCCUGGUCACCUAGCAGUAAUGAUGAUGCCAACGACUACUUACAAAUUGACCUGAAAGACCAGUUCUUCAUCUGCGCCGUGGCCACUCAAGGUAGUUCAAGCGACGAUCACUGGACAACAAUGUACAAAUUAAGUUAUUCGCUGGAGAACUCGAUUUGGCUUACUUAUCAAGAAAACGACGUUGACAAGGUGUGUUUGGACAACCUGAAGUAAACUUGCAACGUAAUUUACCUUGUCUCGCGGCGUCCAUUUUGUCUGAGGAGAUUUAAAAAGCUUUGUUUAUGUACGGCUAGCCUCGAUCUCUCUACGAGUCUAGCCGUGCAUAAACAAAGCUUUUUAAAUCUCCUGAGACAAAAUGGCCGCGGCUUGACAACGGUCUAUUAGGACCACGUAAUAGGCCAUUUCCAAGUUGCCAUUAAGCCUUGGUUUCAAAUUGAGGCUAAGUGCAAAACCAAUGUAGUAAAAAUCAUUUUCUCAAUAAAAAUUUUGCGCGUAGUCUCGUUUUGAAGGUGAGAGUUUUGGAACUCGGACGUUUAACUGAAAGUGAUAAAAUAUUUACAUUAGUGGAACAGGAUGUAUUAUGGGCAGUUUGAAGAAAAGUAAAUUGAAUAGAUUUAUUUUAUAUAAAAAUACAAGAAUAAAAUUUGCUGCGGUUACACGAGACAAAUUUUUCUAGGUUAACUGAUGUUAGGUUUACUAAACUAAAAGGUGGAUUUCCACUGUUGGGUAACUUUAACGUGCGUAAAUAAAAUAGAGGCAAUGUAUGGAAGAGACAUACAAAAAAGCGCUAAAAGUCCAAAUUUUGAGUGAAGUUGCACUUAUACAGGUGGUGAAAAAACGGGUUAGUUUUUAAGAUCGCAAGAACGAAAAUCCAUCAAAAUUUCCUGGCAUCGAAAUAUGAUAUUAAGCAGCAUUCCGACGCUACUUAAGAACAUGGAUAAUAGAAAGACUGGAUAGGAAACUGGCUGACGUGAUCGGUUCCAACAUAGUGAAAAAUGUGACGGCACAUUAUCGAGAGCCAUUCAACCUCUUACAUCCGAUGUUUUGCGCGUCUUUAAUUAAUCCUGGCAUAUUGCCCAGAUUGGCCAUGUUUUGAAGUAAAGGAUGAAGAGUACUUGUUCUUGGCGAAGACAGUUUGAGGGUAAAAAAGCGGUAGAGGCAAAAGACUGAGUAAAUGAUAAUGAAACUUGUGAGAGCGAAGAAUGACUCCAGCGCCCGAUAAUUUUAUGCACCAAACGAGAAGCCUAACUACAUAAAAACUAUGCGAAAACUGACAUGUAUACAGCUACAAAACACCUAUAAAAAUGCACAGCCUAAUUUUCUACAAACCACAAGAAAACCGGGAAGAAUUUUAAUUAUUUUUGUCACGGUUUUGAUUUCUCUUUUGCUUUUAUACAAGCUCAGUGAGUGUCGAAUUUUACAAGUUAACAACUGACUCUUGGCAAAAUGAUUUUAUUAGCGGUAAAACUGUCGAGGCUUGAUGUUUCAAGUGCCCAGCUCAAACGAGGGUUUAAUUUUCCAUUCAAAUUUAUUGACGGACAAUCAGUGACCAGAAGCCGUAGUUGAGAACUGUAUAAAACAUGGUAAAAAGCGGGGAUAAAAAGCUCAGCAUAGAAAGAAAAUUUGCUUGUGGACCACCGCGGAAACGCUGUUUCUACUUUCUCAAAUCAAUUUUCAUAGUAAAGCGGCAAGUUCUUUUGUUAUUUUCAGGUAUAAAUGUACCAUUACCCAAGGUAAUUUUCAGUCAGGUCUUUGAAAAAGCGAACUUCAACGCUUUUAAAAAUGUUAUGUAAAACGGUUAAUUGUUAACCACUAGAAUACAGCUGGGAAGCAAACUCAUGAUUAAUAGUAGGCCCUUCACUUCUUUUUCAUGACGAACACUUGUCUUCCACUGAUAAGGCUUAUAAAGCUUAGAAAUAUAUUUAUUCUUUGAAAUACUGACCUCUUUUUAGGAUGAAACAACCUUUAAGUUUUUGUGUUGUAGUCUCAAUGAAAUCACCUCUGAAAAUUAAACAUUAACACUGUUCCCAAAGAAAAUAGAAGCUGAUUAUUAAAAAAAAAUAAAUCAAAAAAGUAACAUCCAGGAUUUUUGUUUAGCCUGAGGUAAGUGGAUAAGGGCUUGAAAAAAUAUGACUGUCUGGUCACAUUAUUAUGUUGCUGAAAACAAAAUUCAUACCCCAAACAAGUACAGGUAUAUGUUUUACUAAUUUGAUUUAGAAUAUACCUUGGUAAGGUUUAUCAUCUACAGGUACAUUGUUGCUUUGGAUCUCUAAAAGAACCGAGUACAAAAAUAGUGCUAAUCAAGUCCAUGUUUGGUUUGAAAAACAAUGCGACUCAGAUUUAGACUGCUUCAGAGAAAAACACUAACCAAAUCUAAAACACAUUACUCUGUAGCUAAUACAUGCAGUGACCCUCGCACACAAUUAAUUUGUCCCAGUCAGAAAGGAGUAGCUAACACUCUUCAGAUGUGAUGAAUAAAGCUUAAAGCACCUUCUGAUCAGAAAUAAAUGAUAUGCCACCUUCUGGCUCUCAUGCAUGACAAAAGUAUAAACUUUUGUUGCUGUUUUAUAAGAAAGAUUCAUUGAUUUGUGCCUCUCAGAAGAGUACUUGACCCUGCUUGACCACAGUUUACUGUCUUCACUGAUUAAAUGUGUUCAGCAAAUCAUACAAAAAAAAAAAACAAACACAAGGAAAACUAAAAUACUGUUUACAAAAUAACAACAAGACUUAGGAGCCUAAACGGAGGCCAAAAAAAGUCAGUAGAUGUAGUUUAUAUUUAUGUAGUUUAUGUACCAAAAAAAUAUUCGAGUCUCUUCAGUGCCUUCGAAUACAAGCUGCGAGGAGCGACGUGAGGCGAUUGUAAAUAAAAAUAAAAAAAAUAAUAAUCAUCUUUAUUGAGGAAACUUUUUCAUAAAAGAUAUGGUUUUCGAAAAGGAUCUCAAAACUAGAUAUAUAUUAUAAAAACAAAAAAAGCUAUAAAAUUGUAAAGGGAUUAAAAAGAUAUAAAAAAUGCAUAAAAAGUUAAAAAUAAGUAUAAGUAAAAAUUAAACGUAAGUAGCUAUAUGAAAAACUUAAAAACAUUACGUUUAAAACUAUUUACAUUCCUUGAGUCUUUGAUCGUCUGACUGAGGGAGUUAAAAUCGGAAACGGCAUGAUAUUGUGUUCUUUGCUUCCCCCAAUUUCUUUUGACACGUGGUAAUCUAAAAUUGCCUUUGUUACGUGUAUUAUGCCUAUGAAGUACUUCUUGUCUAAUCAAGUCCAUGUCGUGAUUAAUUAGGCCAUUGAUGCAUUUGUAUACGUGUACACACCUUCUUUGAAAUCGCCUUUUCUCUAGAGGCAGCCACUUGAGAACGGCUAAUGCCUCAGUGGAGGAUGAGUACAAUGGUCUAUUUAAAAUAACUUUAGCGGCCUUAUUUUGCAAAACUUGCAAACUAGACAUAAGGGUAAUAUUAUGUUUAUCGCCCCAUACUAGAUCAGCAUAUUCAAAAAGGGGCAUAACAAGACUUUUAUAGAAAAGUAGACGCGCCCUGAAAGGCAAUAAAUGCUUUAUACGCUUGAGAAGCCAAAGCCUCUGAUUGAUUUUCCCAGUUAGGUGUUCAAUAUGAUCAGUCCAUGUGAAAUCCGAAGAUAUAUGUAUACCGAGGUAUUUAAAGCUGCGAACAUUACUUAUACUAAGAUCUAAAAUUGAAACAGUCAAAUCUACUUUGCUUUCGCGUUUCCUAUUACUACCGAUAAGCAUGCAUUUAGUUUUGUCCACAUUUAAAGUCAGUUUGUGAUCAUGAAGCCAUUUCGCCACACCCAGUAGAUCGAACUUAUCACUCAACUCCUUUGAGGAUGUACCAUAGCAAUAAAUUACAGUGUCGUCUGCAUAAAGUGACGCGUAGCAGGAGUUAAGCACAUUUGGCAAGUUAUUUAUGUAAAUCACAAACAACAGAGGCCCUAGAAUGCUACCCUGUGGCACCCCAUGCGUGACUGGAAGUUCCUCAGAUAACUCAUUUCCACAUGAUGUGCGCUGUUGUCUACCAGUUAAGUAAGAACGGAACCAAUGAAGAGCUGUUUCAGAAAGGCCGAUCUCGGAUAGCUUGCAUAACAUUUUUAUUUGAUGGUCUACCGAGUCAAAUGCCUUGGUUAGAUCGAUGAACAUGGCCCCGCAAAGCUUUCCUUGUUCCAUGUUUAAGAGCACUUCAUCAGCAAAUGAGGUCAAAGCUGUUGUAUUCACUGGAUAUGUAAUCUAGAAGUUAUAUUCAUACAUUAAAAGAUGAGCGAAAUUAACGUACUGCUUUACGAACAAUUAGCAGGGUUAAUCUAGGAUAUUACUUGAGCGAAGCAGUUCUCAACACAAACAAGUCGGCCGACUGGAACAUUGCACACCGUGUGCGUACACUUGUUCGGCGCUAGCUCCUAAUGUAGUUAAUUUCGGUCAUUUUCAAUCGAAAUGUACGGCUGGAAAAUAACAGUAAUCAGUCUGUAACUAUGCCUAUGCCACAAUUCUAUCCUAAAACAUCUGUCAAUCGUUGUUUUGAAUAGAAACAAGAAGGAACUUUCUAAAUAAAGGCGUCCCAAAAUAGUCGACAAGUCUAGUAAAUAUGGCUCUGUAAGGUCAAUUUUUGGGACGAAAUUUUCUCAAAGACAAGGACAAAUAACACAAAACAACAACAACAAGUGCUUACCUCGAAGGUCCAAGUGUGGCUUUGAAGGGUCGCCAUCGCCGUAAGACAACAAACGAAAGGGAAAAAUAUACACCAAAAAUUAAAGUAGCACUAAAAACUCCGAAAAAGAACAACAUGCAGGGAAACAAACCCUACAUUUCGACUGGUUUGCGCCACAUUUUCGCCAUCGUUUCGUCACAAAUUUCCACUAUGAUGGAACCAGUCAACGCCAUCUUGAAGCACGAACCAGCCAAUCGGUGAUUAGAAAUCAGCCCACGUGACAUAAGUUUCCUAUCCAGUCUUUCUAUUAUCCAUGUUAAGAAUAAUUUGAGUCAUUUAUAACGUUUUUAUUAAACAAGCUAUCACGGCUAUUGAAAAUUUAAGGUUUCAAAUAUAUUUUCGUUUUAGUCGAAUUCAAACGUACAGAAUUUUUUACUUCUUACGGAGGUUAUUUGCUAAACACCAAACUUUAAGUUCCUAGUGUUGGAUUUUCAGUAGCUGGUCUAGAUCGCGCAAAAUAAGGCGUUUAUCAAUUUCAAAGUUUUUUGUUUAUUGUUGUCAUAGUAAUAUCAAUUUUACUAAAACCUACAUUUUCAAAUUUCAAUCUAUAGUCAAUCAUUGGUGAACAUUUUAUAGCGAUCAGACAAGGGUAAAAUCACUUUUAAUAUCGGUAUGGCCUCUGAAGAACUCUAUCGAAACACCUUAACUUUUACGUGUAUGCGUGGCCUUUCAAACAAUAGUAGCUAUGCUUCAGCAAAGAUAAGCCUCGUUGGUAUCUAGCAAGGUCUGGCUAGGUCUAGUCAAUGACGUCACCCAUUGUUAUAACCUAGGGAAAAAAAAAGUGCCUUCCUCCAUACUAAUUAAGUGCCUAGUCACUGCCUUCCUCCAUAUUAAUUAAGUGCCUAGUCAGUGUCUUCCUGCGUACUAAUUAAGUGCCUUCCUCCAUAUAUAAUGAAGUGGAUAGGUUUACUAUUGAGCGUCACUCUACUACAAUAGGAACAAUAGGCUUGCCUCGGCUUGCCCGUUAAGUAACUUGAACCCGGUUUUCAGACCGUCUAUCAGAAGGAAAAUAGGAAUAAGAGAAGCGAUCACCUAGCAACUCGAGAAACGGCUUCCUAUAUCUUAUUUAGCGCUAAAACUCAGAUAUACACCUAUUUCAAUUAAGGUUGCUUCGGCGAAGAAUGAUUCAUGAUGCAUGAUCCAUGUUUCAUAGCCUGCAGUGCAUUGUGGUAGAUCUCUUUGUAGGCGGGAAGUUUAACUUCGUGUAUUCCUGUGCGCAGUAACCCGCGAAAUGGAGACAAUAAACAUCUGUCUCAAAAUCCUAACGGAAAAUAAGAAAGCGGUGAAAGAAAGUUUCCAGUUAAAACAAAUUCCAAAAUUUGCAAGUGCCGUUGAGCUAAAGAAUUAUAUUGUAAGCGAGAAAGUCAAAGCUGCCAACGUGGAAAGCAUGGAAAUAGGCUACUACGGCCCUCCGAGAGGUACUCGCUUUGCCAUUAUUGAUGAAACUACCCUGGCUGAGGCGUAUUCCACCGAAAAGCAAGAGUGGGUAGUGAUAUAGGUAUGGACCCCACCAGAUGAAGUGGCCAACAAACGUCAAAGUCAAAGUUCCAAGGCAGUGGCCAGCAGCAACGCUAAAAGAUUGCGCCUAUCAAGUAGGUGUUAAGAACCUAUUUUCCUUUAAUAUCCGUUUGCAUUGCUAGUUUUUGUUCGUUGGUUUUCCGUUUAUCUGCAUGCCUUUUAAAUUUUAAGGUGAACAGCACGAUGGGGAGGACGACUUUUCAGACAUCUACAAAAGACUGGUGGAAAAACAUGGCUCGGAAUUGCCCGAUUUUAAGCUCCGAGUGUGGGCCAGGAUGCUGGUAAGUGCAAUAAAACAAACCAGUCACCUUCUGAUGUCAACCUUUCAGCUCUAAAAAUACUAAAUAAACUCGUAAUGUAAAGUUGUUUAUUAUAGUACGACUUGUACACAAGCCUAAUAAAUGCAGAUGGAACGAAGGGUGGCGAAAAGGGCUGCCGAAAUGUUGCAUAAAAAGUGGAUUCGCGCUCUGACUAUUAAUCUUUAUCGCGAUUAUUCCAGUUCUCUUACUUCGGUAAAAGUAGGCGAACUGUUCUUAGAGUUCAACUCCUAAGAACCUUAUUCAGGUUAAGAAAGAGAAAGAACAUUUUGCCGUCGCUUGCUUACGUACUCUACAAAACGUUAAAUUUAGCAUUUUGACCUCGUAGUCGUGCAGUGAAGGCAAAGAAAUGUACAAAAAAACGUGAUGCACGUGCAGAGUUGUUAUUUUGCUAAUCACUGAACCUAUUGUUUUGUUUUUCAUUCUUGUUACCUGAUGUGCGAGAAAAAGAAGAUUCGUUGAAAAUUGGCUUAAAUUUGCUUAUUUACACAGGGCAAAACCUGGACUUAAAUCUGGCAGUAAAAAUGGCUUUAGGAAUGGCUUCAGCAUUAGUAGUUUGAAAUUUCUGCAGGACCAAUUAGCUUUUUCUGAUGGAAAAAUUUUUGUGGUUUACAAGAUGCUUGUCAUUUGUACAUUCCGAUCUUUUGGCAGGCAAAUAAAGUGUAGAGCAGCGAAGAAGAAUGUCCUCAGCAUUCGUUUUUUAUGGGCAAAAAGCCGAAGCAACAGCAGGAGCCUGCGGCACACACCGCAAACCAGAACAAGGUGAAGUAUUACCCAAGAGUCACGGCCUAAGGAAUUUUGGGGGGGGGGGGGGGGGGAUAAGAUCCACAAAUAUUGAAAAAGGUGUCGUGAAUUAAAUAGGUUAGGAAUACGAUUAUGAUAAAAUCCCCCCUCCCCCAUAAACUGAGAAACCUUUAACCGAAUGUAUUGCUUUUGCCUAUUUCAAGAAUUAUAAAUUAGGAAUUUACGUCUUCUUUUUCAGGUGCAGCUUCGUUGAGAAAUCCUAAGACAGUUACGGGAACUGAAAGAUUUAAAGGAUGCUGAUGCCUUGGACUCCACACAAUUUGAGAAUCAGAAGCGUAUCCUGUUAACGGAGCUGAAUGGGCUCCAGUAAACAGGCAUAAUCCUGCGCUUCAUUACAUUGUUUUGUUAUACCGUGAAAUCAAUAAUUCUGGCAACGAUUGCUAAUAUUAAAACCAAAUUAAUGUCGGGAAAGUUAAAAACACAGAAGAGAACACAAUUUUGUUUUUGUGGGUGUAAUAAUCAUGAAUAAUAAAAAUCGUGAAAUUACGUGAAAAAACUGGGCUUUUAUUAAUGUCAAUUGUUCACAGCCUGGCCUAAAUCUUGCCAGUUUGAUAAGGGAGGGUUAAUAUGCAUAGUGGCUUGUCGUAGCCGUUGGGCCACUGAGGCAAGAGGACGGGACCCGCUUAAGUACAAAUUAAGCACUGCAGGCCUAAAAAAUAGGUACUAGUGGGCUAACAGGUCAGUUUAAGGGCUGGUUGACUAAUUACGUCCCUGUAGAGUGCAUGUUAGUUUACAGAUAUUCUGAGUGUCGAAUGUAGUUUCGCACUUGCUCGUCGAAAACACUUAAAAAUCCUUCCAUGACCAUGUUUUCGGGUUGAUCACACAUUCGCCAUUCUUGAUCAUUUUCUCUGAUCCACGACUUCACUUGCGAAAUUAUUCCCUCACACGGCAUGAAGUCAGGGCUGUAUGGAGGGAGGUAGACGAGUAGGGCACCAGUGGCGUUUAUCGCCCUCACAACGUCGGCAGUAUGGUGAAUCGCAGCAUUAUCUGUUUUCAAAAUAAAAACAGAAAGGAUAAGGUUAAUAACUGAACGCUUGUUUUCAAUGCAUCUGCGCCUGGCCGAUUUCCUUCUACCAAAAUUACAGCUAACGCCUGUUUAACGUUCAUUUUCCACUUGUUAUUGAACAGGGUAUUGAGCUUGGUAUCUCUGUAAUGAUUCUUAAGUGGACUGGCUGCUUUUGUGAGAUAAUAAUCACUAUAUAAAAGUAUAAAGAAUAGUAAGCUAUCAGUGUGCAUGGUUAAUUGAGCCUAUACAUCUUUUUCCAAAGAACAAUGAACUUACCCAUUACAACGAUCGAGCGCAGAUUGAUCCCGUUAAAAGGAUUGACAUUAGGGGCCAAGUGGUCAUGAACAAAAUCCAAGAAGACAUCACUGUUAACAUUUCCGCGAUAGAUCCCUACAUCAAGGAGGCCUUCUGUUGAAGCGAUGGGAAUGGCUGAAAUACGUGGACCCCAAUUAGCAUGAGGCCGCACUACCUCCGCCCGCAUUCCGCGAAAACUUCGGCCGUACUUUCUGCUGAUCCGCUUGUCCUAUGAAUAACCAAAAUAACCCAAACAUGCCUUAUUCAUCAACGUUACGCAUUGGGAAAGCGAUUCUCAGGGUUUCGUUAUCUUACAGAAAUGCAAGUCAAAUGGACCUUUUCGGCUUGUAUGUUUUGUUUUCUCAAUGCAGACGUCGAGCUGUUCUCAAGAGAAUUUGCAUUUUGUCGUCUCAUAAAUUAUGCUUUCAUGUGUUGAACACACGCAGAUAGGAUGAUACAAGGUUAAUGUAGCCCGCCGCUCCAAUGAGCGAAGUAUAAAACCACAACAACAAUGAAAACAACAACAGGAUUUCAGUUAAGCCCAGUGACUUGUAUUGGAGAACGGAAAAAGCAAGUGAAACAAAAACUAACUGCACUUUGCACAUUAAGCUAAAUAAUUUACGAAUUUUCUGAGUAAAGAGAAAGUGGUUCAAAGAGAUUUGACAAAAAAAUUUAAUAACAUUUCAUGUUCGCUGAGGCAGGUUUUGAGGCAACAAUUUCUUUGGCGUCAAAUUGCUAUAUCAUUAAAAUAGUUUAUUCUAAGUAUUUGUGGGAUUUCCUUGGCUGGUGAUCAACACUUCCAAAAAGAAAAAUAAAUUUUAACGCGAUAUGACUGUACAUGUAAAUAAGUCGCGUGCCAACUUACAAAUCCACUCUCGUCCAAAAACACCAGCAUAUCAGCGUCAAACAAACAAAUAUUUGCCCAGUACAUUUGUCGAAGUUCUUCAUUUCUCUGCGACGCAAUCUGUCGAACCUAUAAAUGGGACAAAUCGUUAGGCUAAUAUAGGACAACUUAAACCACGCAAGCGGAAGGCAAAUAUUAAGAUUACCUUUUUGCGUGUUAUUCCAUUGCGUUGGAAGUAAUAAUAGGAAGCUUUAGCAUCGACGACGGCAACGGCAGCGAAAACGUCAGUUUUUAAAUGAAUUCCCGUUUUUUCAAUCUUUGUCGUGUUUAUUCCAAUUUGCUGAAAAUGGCAAAUGUAGGCGAAUUUCCCUGGAGUUGAUUUCUUGAGGACCGCGCUCACGUUUAGGGACAGAAAAAGAGAUUCGUCGUCGCUUGUUUACGUCCUCCAAAAAACUUGCAAUUUGGCAUUUUCACGUCGUAGUCCUGCAAGGACGGUAAAGAAAUGUACAAAAAAGCGUGAUGCACGUGCAAAGUUGUUGUUUUGCGUAAUAAACCUAUUGCUUUUUUGACGUCCUCGUUACCGUUGCCGUCGUCGUUACUAAAGCUCCCUAAUGAAGAGAGGAAAGGGCGUCUUCGGAGCCUGUGCUUCUGUAAAUUUGAUCAAAAAUCUCAUUUAAGGACACUGUUUCAUUUUCCAGUACUGCCUCCAUAAUUAUAAGCUCUUCUGGCGGCUGGAAAUGCAAGCUUCCCGGAGGUCUUCCGAUCUUCUUUGCUUUCACAUCACCAGAAACAAAAUAACCAUGUAAGUAGCGCCUAAGAGUCCAUUUGGAUAUCCCAAGAUGGAAACAGGUUUCUUCCUCUGAAUACCCACAAAAAUGCCUGAUCCAAAUCGCCCUCCAACGGAAGUCUUCAGAGUAUGGCGCGGGCAUGUUACAAACUGCGCUUGCUCCCGUAAUGCACCGCGCGCUAUGAAACAUGGAUCAUGCAUAAUGAAUCAUUCUUCGCCGAAGCAACCUUAAUUGAAAUAGGUGUAUACAAACACAAAGUGGAGUUGAAAAGUCUUUAUUUCAGUUUAGUUUAUGUCUUCUUAUUUAGCUCUAAAACUCGGAUAUAUCAACAAAACAUACACAAAGGGGAGCUGAAAACUCUCUAUUUCAAGUUUGUCUCACUAUUAAAGAACCAUUUUCUCCCAUCUAUCUCAAGGAAAUUAAAGUCUCAAGGUUUCACGCGCCGUUAGUUAGGUAAUUAUGCGAGUUCACAAGCCUAAAGUUGAAUACAAAUUAGCUCUACAGGGAAACCUCAAGGGAGCAUAUUGGCGUAUUAUUAUAAAACAAAUAACUUAACAAGGAUUAAUUGAUUCAACACUCAACUAAUAAUUGGUAGCAAUAAAAUCAGACACGAGAUACCGUUUAAUACAAAACGAGUCAAAUACACAGCAAUUUUUGUUCCUAUUGUAGUAGAGUGACGCUCAUUAGUAAACCUAUCCACUUCAUUAUAUAUGGAGGAAGGCACUUAAUUAGUAUGCAGGAAGACACUGACUAGGCACUUAAUUAAUAUGGAGGAAGGCAGUGACUAGGCACUUAAUUAGUAUGGAGGAAGGCACUUUUUUUUUCCCUAGGUUAUAACAAUGGGUGACGUCAUUGACUAGACCUAGCUAGACCUUGCUAGACACCAACGAGGCCUAUCUUUGCUGAAGCAUAGCUACUAACAAUGCCUCUAUUUCAUUUACGCACGUAAAUUUUACGUGCGUUCGCACGGAAAAAUACGCGACAGUGGAAAUCAACCCUAAGGGAAAGUUGCUUUCUGCCGCCGGGUAAGUGAUUUGACCUGAGAAAAAUAUUUCCAAGGUAACACCAAAAACGGCAGCGUUAGAGCCUGUUUUCUUAGUCUAGUGGUUACGUUUAAUUUACAACAAUGUUCACUCUGCAGAUCUUUAACGCCAAUGAUGGGAGGAACGAUAUCGUAAAACACAGUCUGGUCGGUCUAAUUAGAGCAAGGUUCAUCCGCUUUCAGCCAACAGCGACUACAACUGAAAAAGCUUUAAGAGUAGAAGUGUAUGGAAUACUCACAACUGCAGGUAUAUUUUUUAAAGAUUCUCGUUUAUUGCCGUUUCCCGUGGUUUAUGGACGGUAAGAUAUUCACACCGCUACCUACGAUACACAUGAAUCAUAUCUAUUGUUACGAAAAUACUCUUGCUUUAUUUCCGGUCUUGAGAAAAGUUCCGAUAUUCAUAAACCAGCAGAAUCAUGAACGUUAUUUCCAACGUUCUUUAUUCCUCUAGUUUGUCUUUAUAUCGUAGUUUGAAAUGUCAGCCGUCCCUCCCCCUAACCCCCAUUAGCCGUUGGUCUUAGCUUGUAAAAGAAUUGUGCCUUGUAAAGUUUGAGGCGUUAUCUUCUCGAAUAGCAACUUGGUUCGUCCCUUCAUGAGAAGCAAAGUAAAGUUUGCUAGCAAGGCCUAUUUUAAAGGGACACAGAUAGGUGAGUCACAUGCGCAUUUCAUACUAUUUCUUAGCUGAUCUAGCUGAUUUGCAUAUCACAAGACACGCGCCUGAAACAGAUAGUGAAAAGCGCAUCCGGAAUAUCUAAACAAACCUUGUGGAGUUGGACUAGGUACAAGCCGAAAUCGUGAUUUUUGUCCAGGGGAAGCAAACAUCGACAAAUAUUUCUGAAUUCGAUCAUCAAUAGAGGUGAGAAAUGACACGGAGUCUGCAUAAAUCAUUGUCGAAGAAAGCUUGUUUUUCCAAGCAUAUGUAACCAUUUCCAUCAAUUUUCCAAAUAUAUAUAACGAUUAUUUGCCCGCCAAUGUUACUGAUUCAUUUCUUUUGUUAUUUUGGUAAAUGAAGGCGAUUUAUCCCGCCCGGCGCCGACGCGUUUCUCACCUCUUCUGUUCAUGUUCCUUUGGAUACUGUUUUUAGCCAAAUAUGAUAAAAUAAUAAUGUCAUAUAAUGAGAUAAAGUCUGCUCAAAAAGAAAGAUCGAUGAUCGAAUGAAACACCAGGCCAGAUUGACGCGGAUUUCUAGAUGUAUCGGACGCGAACAUUUGAUUUCGGGUUCUGGUAAAUGCUUUUCAAACUGGCAAGAGUAGCGUCCAGUUCAUCGCGGUCCCAUAGACGACUGUGUCCCUAUAAUAGGAUUUAUAUAGACUCAUCGGAGCAUAUCAGUGCUUAUACCAUGCCACAAAUUUACACCAACUAGCUCAUAUUUAGAAAGUGGGCGUUUUUCAUCUUGUUCUUUCUGGAGAUACCAACAUAUCCCUUAAUUUCCCAAAGUUAGUUUUUCUGACGAUACGAUUGCUUACCAACUAUCGGUUUUAGUUAACUUUCGAGUUUGUUGCUUAAACUUGCUUUAGUAUUCUUCACAAGGGGUAAAUAUAUGAGUCACAAAAAUAUUUAAAUAUAUCAAUGUCAGUGAUUGACGGAAACACAUUUUUUGCAAAAAAAGUUUCCUUUCUUUAUUCUUCCCACAAUCCCUAGGCCCUCUAACAAUAAAUGGUAAAUAAAAGGUAGAUUUCAGUUGCAUUAUCCGGAUUAAGAGAAACGCGUCUUUCGUGAUGUUCUCAGUUCCGAGCAUUGAUGCAAGCUGUUGAGCCCUUGUUGUUGUUGUUGUUGUUGUUUUGUUUUUUUCUAUUAAGUUUCCUCUCGGCUUUUCUUUUAUGUUUUCUUCUCACAAUCUGUAGGUCCUCUAACAAUGUAUAGUAAAUAAAAGGUAGGUUUCAUCAUCCAGGUGCUUACUUUUCUUCUAGCGCCAAGCCGUGCUCCCACGAACUUUACGGUGACCCCUUCCACUUCCACGAGAGUUCAGGCAUCCUGGCAGUUACCAACGGCAGACUUCCAGACGAUUACAGGAUUCAGGCUCCUGUACAGAAAAUUUAGCUCUGUUGAAGAUCCACUUACCGUCAUAACCAUUGAAAGCAGUUCUACCCUCAGCUAUGAAGUCACUGGACUUGCGAUAUUUACAAAAUAUGAAUUUCAAGUAUUAGCUUUUUCAAUUGUGGGUGAUGGACCGUCAAGUGCCGUUAAAACUGUGAGAACUAACGCGGAAGGUACGUAUUCACUGAAGAGCUAAUUCUACGUGGUAGCCUCUAAAUUGAGGAUACCGGCGCUAAUCAAUUCAUCUUGCUCUUUCUCAGAGAUUGAAAUUAUCGCUCGCCCACUCCCCAAUCCGAGUGUGAAGGCGCCUCGGUCGAUUGGCAAUCGUUGAUUACUCGCCCGAUUACGCCUUCAAUCCUGCCUUCUAUUAUACUCUAUUUAUCUCCAUAUCUGCUUUGUCGUUUUAUCUUUAUCGCUGUUGGGAAUAGAUGAUCAAGGUAGAAUCUGUCUUGAACUUUUAGGGACAGAUUGUCUUUUAAAAUGCAUUUAUAUAGAAUAUAUUUUAGGAUAGAUAAAGGCAUAGUAAUAAUUAUUGUUUUCUGGUGCAGGUUAAGGCCCUUGCAUUUUUUUAAAUCUCUGCGAGAUUGACAAAUUUAGAUAAUCGAAAUGCAUCCUUGUUGUUGUAGUCAAAUGCCAUCAUCCUAAAUAUGGCCUUUCGACUUCUCCUUUUCAGCUCCUUCACAAGCCCCUACGAACCUGGUUGUGACUGCCAACAACUCGACUAGUGUUUUAGCGAACUGGCAACUUCCCCCCGGGAUAUCCCAAAAUGGAGUUAUUUUGGGAUUUACACUGUACUAUCGGAUAAAUGGCACCUCUGAUCAAGCGAACACUGUCACUGUUCACGAUGGAACAGUUCUCUCUACAACGAUCAUGGGACUUGGGAAAUUUACAGGGUACGAAUUCCAAGUGUCCGCAUUCACUAACGCUGGGGACGGACCGAGAAGCUCUGUUGUGACGGAGAGAACAAGUGAAGAUGGUAAGACAUGUACAGUCAAUGUAAGAAAAAAACACGUACAUGUACAUGAACGAUCCUUCCGGCUAAGCUUAUAUGCGUUAGGUUAAGAAUUCUCAGUUCUCAUACUUGAAAUAUCAGUAGCCUGAGAAAACAGCCCACAUUUCCGACGCCACGACAGGAUUCCCCAACGAAAUGACGUCUCUGAGAAAAGAGCGCAGAAAUUCCAUACCGACGACAGUGCCUCUGAUUGAUUGAAAUUUUGCUUUAACCAAUCAGAAACACUACGAUCAAGUUGAUGUAUUCAAUAAGUUAUUCCUUGACAAGCUGAGUGAACAUGCACCAAUUAAACCCAUAAAGAUCAAAUCACGCCCGAAUCCGUUUCAUCAAACCUGAGAUCAAACAAUUGAUGAAAACCCGUGACAGCUGGCAUAAAAAGGCGCGCGUGUAAAACAAACGACAAACUCCACUUGAACGCUUUUCGAUUUUUAGACGGGAAGUUGUAAAUAUCCCAAAGGAAUUGUAGUAAGUUUGAUCGGUAUGUUUGUGCCCAGAAGAACUUUCCAUAAUAAAGAGUUAUCCUUAGUUUUGUCCAAUGUAAGUAUCAUUACGACGUCUUUGCUCAUUAUGCUUUUGGAUGUGUCUUUUUCUUGAUAGCACCCAGCUUCGGUCCAGAUACAUUUUUCACUACUGAACUGAAUGAAACAACGUUCAACAUUUCCUGGGCUCCUCUACCAACAGAGAAAAGCAAUGGGAUAGUCGUUCUCUAUGAAGUAAAUGCGGAGCUGGUAACCGGAGGGCGCUCACGUCGAGCAGUUGGAAGCAGUACAGGAGUCAAUACAACAAAUACCUUUGCUGUUUUGUAUGAUUUCAUUUGUUCCCAGUACAGUUUUUCCGUUCGGGCUUUUACUGCCUUCGGACCUGGGCCCUAUGGUCCGGCCACAAAGCUACACACGUCAAAUUCAAGUAAGUAGUCAGAAUUGGCCAUUUCCGAGGUCCAAACACUCUCACUUUCCAGGAAGCUAAGUGCAAAUUAAACAUUUCUUGUGAAAAAAAGUUUUCUUUGCUCGAGGUAACUCGGAAAUGGUGGAAAAAAAAAAAAAUAAUAAUAAUAAUAAUAACAAUAACACACAGAAAUUUUAUUGAAAGUUGGAAAAUAACUAAUUAGAUUACAUUACACUUAAAUUUUAAAUUGUUGGUGAUAAAACCUUUAAUAUUUAUAUACAAUUCAUUUCGAUUAAAAUAACCAUCUAAUUCCGAUUAAAAAAUUCAUUUCAAUUAAAAAAAAAAGUUAUUCGAAUAUUAAUGACAACAAUGCUAACUAAUACCAACUAACUAUGCUAAUGCUAACUAACAAUGCUAAUAAUAACAAUAAUAAUAGUAAUAACAAUAAUAAUAAUAAUAAUAAUAAUAAUAACAAUAACAAUAAUAAUAAUCUGUAGCCGUAUCAGUCAACUUUUUAGGAGUACAUGAAGCGAAUCGGCGUGAACAUGAGGUUGGAAGUUAUUCAGAGAACAGCAUUGUUGGGACAGCAAAGAUACUAAGGAAAGUACUGUACCUGUAAGAAGAAGGAAAAGAGAGACCUGGAACCCGUGGUGACUUGUUGUAACCCGCUCCCAAGGACUAAAAACCAGGCCGAACAUCCUGCCUUAGUCUACAAGGAAUUUACAUAAUAAUAAUGAUGAUGAUGAUGACGAUGACGAUGACGAUGAUCAUGAUCAUGAUGAUAAGAGAGGCACAAUAAGGCAGCUGCAUAUAUCCACUGGAAGGCGUGCCAGCAUUACAGUCUCAGAGAGUUGUUAUAGUAACAAGCUGUUGUUAUUCAUCAAUGAUUUGCCUUGUGCUGUGUCUCAGUGUAGCACAUUGGCAUUGUUUGCCGACGAUGCGAAAUGCUUCCGCACUAUUAGAUCUGCCAGUGACUGUGUGCUGUUUCAAGGUGAUAUUGAUAACCUGGUUGACUGGAGUGAUGUUUGGAAGAUGGCUUUUAAUAUGGAUAAAUGCUCGCUUUGCACGAUAACGAGGAAGCGCAAUCCAAUAAUUUAUGAUUACAAUAUGAGAGGAAAGGCACUUAAGAGAGUGGAGGCUCAGCGUGAUCUUGGCGUUCUCAUCACUUGUGAUGCUCGAUUCAAUGAGCACAACUACGCCCAGGUGAACAAAGCCAAUAAGAUGUUAGGUUUUAUCCGUCGUUCACUCAGCAGCAGGAGCGAUCAGUUUCUGCCAACAUUUAGAUCUCUCUACGAGGCCCUUUUGCGUUCGCAUUUGGAGUAUGCCUCGGAAAUCUGGUGUCCAAAGUCUGUCACCUUAAUAAAGCUUAUUGAGGGUGUCCAACGACGUGCUACGCGGCUUCUCCUUCCUAAUUUACCAUUCAAUGAACGCCUUCAGCAGCUCAUUCUUCUCCCAUUGGUGUACCAAAGAGAAGUUAAGACAUAACAACAUUUUAUAAACUGAAGUGUGGUUACUAUAACUAUUCAGUUGAAAGAUAUUUUGACUUUUGCUCAGACAAAAGAUUAAGGUCAUAUUCUAGUAAUAAGUUAAAGAUUAACAAAGUCAGAACCGAAUUAUUCAAAGGCACUUUUUGCAAUAGAUUACCAUAUUUAUGGAACAACCUGCCUGAUAAACUCAGGACCUCUAAUUUAAGCCUAUCAUUAUUUAAAAAACAAUGUAAUGAGUUCUAUAAAAAGAAGAACUUCGACCCUGACCACCCGCAUGUCACUUGGAUGUAGUGAUCGAUGUAACAAUUAUUUUCUGAUUAGAUUAAUCUAGGAUAUGACAUAUUAGCAAUUAUAGUUUUUACAUUUAAGAUAUAAUCUUAAUGUUUUCUUUUUCCUUUUUCUUCAUUUAAGUGUCUGUUGUAGUUUUUGGGUGGACUAGCUCGAAUGGUUCGUAUGUUCCCUUCUAGUCCUUCCCCACUGCAAUAAUUUUUUUUAGUAUGUAGUCAAUUGUUCUCUUAUGUAAUUUAGCUAAGUUUUCUUUUUUGCAGUGAAAAUGGAAAAAAAUAUAUAAAAAAUAAUAAUAAAUAAGCCCGAGACGGUUAGCGAAAACGAAGAGGCCACAAUUCUCUGGGAUAUGCAGAUACUUACGGAUAGGGAACUGUCAGCGAAAAACUCUGAUAUAGUGAUCAAGGAGGACCAUGCUAACCAGUGCUGCAAGAUGUAUCGGUAUCAUCCGACCGAAACACCUCGACGUAAAGUCAUUGAAAAGCUCUCAAAAUACAAAGAUCGUGAAACUGAAACCACGAGAAUAUGGGGAAUGAGGACAGAGACUGUGCCGGAUAUUGUUGUUGCGCUGGGACUUAUUAGAGAGGGAAUGGACCAGAAGUUAGCAAAGAUCCCUGCAGCCAGUAACAUCAAUGAGCUGCAAAAUAUCAUCCCCGUAGGAACGGUACACAUACUGAGAAGGUUUCUGUCCAUCAAAUAAAAACUUCCCUGGUACCUAAGGAUCAAGGAUUAGUUCCAGUUCUAGGAGAGUGUAGGAAGCAAUUAACUGCACUGAAAACGUUUAUCAUCAUCAUCAUCAUCAUCAUCAUAAUUUAACCCCCAUUAAGCGGCCGCGCCCAUCUUUUCGACAUCCCGACGAGAGUUCUCCUGUUGUUGCCACCUCUAUUAAGCGGCAUCAAGCGUUUGAUAUACUUAGUUUGGCCUUAUUUAAAUAAUAUGAUGAAGGAAAAUACAGUCCGAGAUAGAAGGUGACGAAUUAGUGUGAACCAGUAACGCCACUAGUGUCGCGUGUUUGUUUCAAGAUAAAGUGUUGUUUCUGCUGAAGAUUUUGCUAACUUAUGACGAAACUCUAUUGAGCGGCCAACCUCCCUGAAGGGCCUACUUGCUGGUUACCCGAGGGUGGCUGCUUAAUGGAGGUUCAACUUGAAUAAAUGUAUUCAAUCCAAGACGGCGACAAAGAUGUCCAGUGCCCCAUCCCUGACCCCUCUCUCUGGGUAUAGUGUUCGGGUAUGAAGUGCCUUUCAUGCCGCGCACGUCUAUCCAUUUCAAUCAUUUGUAAUUUGCCUGGAUUUAUUGCCGAUAUUUUUUCUCUCCAGGGCCAGCCGCACCCCGUUUGUUAAAGGCAGUAAUGUCUGAAGAAACGAAGGUGACGCUGGAAUGGACACCACCAACAUUCUUCCCAGUGGAGAGCCUUAAAUAUAAGGUGAGAGGUGUCUAAAGGAAGCUAGGUACAAGUUGAACACAAUAUGUUGAGCAAUAUAGCUGACAAUCUCUAUUUACUUUAUAUCGUUAAAUAUCCCGUUGCAUUUCUGUUUGUUAUCAUUAUCAUCAUCGUCAUCGUUAUCGUUAUCGUUAUCAUUACCGGAGUCGUUAUCGUUAUCAUCGUUAUCGUCAUCGCUAUCGUUACGUUAUCGUUAUCAUCGUUGUUACGUUAUCGUUCUCGUUAUCGUUAUCAUCGUUGUUACGUUAUCGCUAUCGUUAUCGUUAUCGUUAUCAUCAUCGUUAUCGUUAUCGUUAUCGCUAUCGUUACCGUUAUCGUUAUCAUAAGGAAGAAAAACCUAAACGUUUUCGUCUUCGUUUUCAACCAAAUCUUUCCAUCAGCUCAGAAUCUUUGAAGGCCUGAUGAUUCAAGAAUUGAAGCCUAGCUUGAACAGGAAAAUUAACUCCCAUGUUACAAAACUUUGCCAUCGAGAAUUACCUAAAAAGAUAAAAUAAUUAUGCAUUUAGCAUUAUCAUUGUCAUUAUCUUCAUUACACUCAGCUGGAUGGUUUGCUGGAGUCCUCCUUUGCGGACAUCAAGCCACCGCCUGUGGCCUCAGGUUUCUAAGACCUUUCGGAGGAUUCUGGCUAUUCCCAGUAAGCACGCUCUCCAUAAAGGUUCUAGUCCACAUGUAACACCAUCUCCACUAACCACUAUUCUACAUCUUAAAUGAUAGUUUCUAAUGCAACAAUCGCGACUAGCGCCACAGUUACUUUGUGCAAUUUCCAGAUUCGUUCCCCCCACUCUUCAGUUCUUCUUUUUCUUAUCGUUAUUAUUCUUAUAGACUGUUCACAGUCCCCUAUAUUCUCGUAAGAUCGUCAGGAUCGAGCGGCUACUUGUACUGGCAGCCAUCUUGGUUUCUUAUAUGCGGGUUGCGGGCGUGCUUUGCAAACCGUCCCCCGUCCCCUAAAUAGAUUUGACACUCAUUGCAUCCAAGAUGGCCGCCCGCAACGCAAAUCCCUCGAUGCGACGAUCUUACAAAAAGAUAGGGGACUGUGGACAGUCUGUUGUUCUUAUUGUUCUUAUCAUUUUAUUAAUUUCUUUAUUCAUUUUGUUAUUAUUAUUAUCUAUUUAUUCAUUUAUUUAUGUUUUCACUAAGGUGAAAUACACUGGGACAAAGCAUUACAAUUCAUCAUUUUUGGAUAUUGGCGAACAAGACCCAGAUGAGGCGACGAAUUCCGUAGUGGAAAAUUUGGUGCCUGGGACUCGGUAUAACUUUGAAGUUAAUAGUGUAUCUGUCUGUGGGGAAAGCCAACCAACUGCUGCUGAAGUAACCACGAAAAUGUCCGGUAAGCAGACAGUUGACUAAACUUUUUUACGUCUAUUAUUGGAAUUAUUAAAAGGUUGAGCUUUGAGAAAUAAUUUUUUUUGGAGUCUCCAACGGGAUUCGAACCUGUUAACUUUCCAGAAGGCCAGCUCAGCGGUUUAGGCUAUGUUCAUGCUGACACGAAGAGCUAUCCGGCCAUAGGCGAAUCCUUGUUUACAUGUUUUGCCUCAUUAGCAAGGGCUUAUCAUUUUCUGAUGAAGCUAAUAAAACGAAAUUUCCGAAUAUUGAAAGAGCAUACCAACUUCAGUUAUCUCUGAAAAUUUGAGCCCGAUAUACCAAAUAGCCUCGGAGAAAUUUUUUUGGAAAAACUUCAAAAUUUACAAAGGAUGUAUGACUCCAUUAACGUUUUGCCACCCAGUAAUUUUGCAGCUUUUGAUUGCUGCUAUUUUCUUUGUUACUGAUCGCAAAGAGCUGAAACUUGCACAAGCUGCGUAAAUUAACUAGGUCUUUUAAUUCUUGAACGUCAUUGGUAUAAAAGGCUACAUCUUCUAUGGGUUAACUCGUAUCAUAAUGAGCAAAAAUGUAAACAAUAACGUCGCGAUGAAUCCGCCUAUAAUAUGAACACCUAUGCGAUAUGUAACUCUCCACUUUUGAGUAAUGGCGCGUCGCAGCUACUCUCCCUUAUAGAGUUUGCGCCGAAAUCGCCGCUCUUAUGCGUGAACAGAAGCCCUAUUCGGUAUGGUUCUCUUUCCGGCAAAGAAGCUAUCCGGUACAGUGUGAAUAUAGCCUUAAACUCUGAGCUAAUCGGACGACUCCUCAACGCAUUCGCCCCUGAGCCGUUUGUGACCGCCCGCGCGGAUCCACAUCCUUUCUACCGCUUGUAACAUUAUCAGUGUUGAUUGUCAAGGAUAACGUUGUCCGCUAACUUGUGCUGAGUGAAGAGAUCAUUCAAACCAGCACAAUUUAGUCAAGGACGCCAGAGAAAAAGGCAAAAAACCAUGUAACAUUGACCUGAAAAUUUCCAUGAAAAUCUUGUUCCACCACCCACCUACCUUUACUUUCAUCUAAUCCUAAGAUCCUAAUAGCUUUCCUAAAAACUUUUCCGACUAAAAUGAAAAUUACUUAAUGCCCAGCAAGAGAAAAAAAAUGAGGCAAAAAAAGCGAAAAAAAGAGGGCAGGACAAAAAGCGAAAAGUAAAAGUCAAGACCGCUGUGUCACUUUUAAACCAAAACAUUUUGCUUUCUGCGCAUGCUCGAACUUAACAAGCUAAUAUUUUGCAUCUGGAUCAGAAGGCCGCGAAGUGUACGACCUGUGAACGGCUUUAUGGUAAGUUUUAGCUCUUUAUAGCAUGACAGUGACCAGAAAACCGCUCGUCUGGCUUCAAAACAGGUUUUUCGGCAAAAUCCCCAAGGGCGGAUGGGUUAAAAAAAGUCCAUUCACUGGGUUUAUAAGUGGCACGCAAUGCCAUGCUUCUUGAAUACUGCCGUCGUUUUUAACGUAUGUAUAGUAUAAAAACGGUGAAUAAGACAGACGCAUUAAAACGUCUAACGACAUUAACGUCUUCUGUUGAAUGGGCUGAGUCAUGGCUUUCUCGCUUAUUUUUUUGAUAUUGCCAAUUACGCUUCAUUAUGUGCUAUGGGGGUCAAGCAGCACCUCACUGAACGGCUCACACAAUUGGCUGUGAAAACAAUAGCAACGGUAGCAUAACAAUCCCUGGGGGAAAAAAGGCAAUAUUGUUUAAGGGCCCGUUUACAUGAAAAUGUGGGAACUCAGGUAGGUGAGUUAACAUAUGGCGGGUCACCCCACCUACCGUGUAAACGUAAUGAGAGAUUAUAUGGACAGGUGGGUUACCUCACCUAAGCGGGUUACCUCACCUACCUGGGGUCCCCCACCUCCAAGUAAUCAGGCUCUUAGUCGACCACUGAAAUAAGAGGUUCAUGUGAGGAACUGGACUACUGCGCUAUGGAGCUUAACAAAGAAAUUACUUGUAAACGACAAAAUCAAAGCUUCUUGUUCAACAAAUACACUUCCAAAGCAUUAUAUCAAACGUUACAAACAGCAAAAAUGAACUUUGAAAAAUUGUUAGGCUAACAAGGUUUCAAAGCCCACAAUAGCAAUCCGUUUUAAUCUUCUUAAUUAGGGACUUAAAGCAACGACUACGGGAGGGUCUAGUGCGGCGACCGGAAGUAUUAAAUCCCGCCACGCGUCAAUGCCUCAACUUCUAGUUACCACGACGGCUAUAACGGUCAAAACGUCGCUUUUUAAUAAAAAGUGAAAAACGCAGUCAGUCUUAGCGUGCGUGGCUGGAGGGAUUAGCGUGGGAGUGUUGUAUUGUUGUGGCGGCGGAACCACGAGAAGGGUGGUUAUACAAGUCAUUAUAAAGGGAUUUCCCUUCGCGGUUUUCCCGUACGCAAAAAUCCCUAGCGGAUUCGCCGCUCGCUUCUCAUGGCAGCUCCGCCACCAAAAAAGUUCCCAGGGAACAAUAAUCCCUCCAGCUACGUUGGCUAAGUCAGUCCUAGAAGUCUUUUCAAAAGCUUCAUGUAACUCGGACCAGUUUCCUUCUCCUGUUUUAGUCUGGCAAAUUGUUAUUUAUUUAUUUAUCUGUUUAUUUAUUUUCUGACCUUUCUUUCUUUUUUUUUUUAUUUUUCAUAGCUCCUCUCGCACCAUACGUUGGUAAGAUAACUGAUAUAAGUGCCUCAAAGUCAAGUGCUGUUAUCCAGUUAUGGCCGGCAGAACAAAGAAAUGGCCCUAUAAGGUAUGAUCAAAGCAUUGUUCCCUUAAAACGGAUGCCGGACAUCCGAUCAUAAUGUUAGGGAGCUUUAGCAGCGACGACGGCGACGGCAGCGAGAACCUCAAAAAAGCAAUGGGUCUUAUUAACAAAACAACAACUUUGCUCGUGCAGCACACUUGUUUGUACAUUUCUCUGCCGUCACUGCACGACUACGGCGUUUAAAUUCCUAAUUUCACAUUUUAUGGAGGACGUAAACAAGCGAUAAGGAAUUUUUCUUUCUGUUUCCACACUUGAGUGUGGAUCCCAAGAAGUAAACUCCAGGGAAAUUCGCCUACAUUUGACAUUUUCAGCGAAUUAGAAUAAGCGGCACAAACUUUGAAAAAAGCUUCCGUCGCCGUCGUUGAUGCUAAAACUCCCUAGUGAAAAGAAAGAGGAGCAUGGAACGUCUGUGUGUGAAAAACUUGACAGGGUUGGUAAUUAAGUCAUUCGUCGUGAUCUUACCUUAACAUUCCUGCCAUUACUGGGUUUUUGAGAUGUGUUUAAAGGAAGGUGAAGUAAGUAUUGUCACGCUUGUCACACAGGGUUUGUCAACUCCUUUCCUUUUCUCUAACAUUUCGUAUUAAGUUCAUUAAUGCUGAAAUGAGAAUGCCAGGGUUUCAACAUAUACUUCUUGCUACUCAACGGGAUCUACCUAGGGUCAAAAUAUGUAACAAAAAUUGACUGUUUACAGUCGUGUCGAUACAAUUUCUUUCAAAAUUUCAACAUCGAAAUGCCUUUUCUCAAUCUCUUCGGCGAUUGGCUAGUGAGACUUGUAAUUGCAGCGUAUCUCCUCAUAGAUUAAACUUGUGUUUUGACAUGAUUGUUUUACUUCAUGUCAUGCGCGGCAAAUCGAUUUAUCAAAGGUACGUAACUACGCUCCAGGCUUUCACCGCGCAAACUGGGCAUAAACUUGCACGGUUCAAGUGUUUACACGAGUCCGCGUAAAAGUGAAACCGUACCGAUCAAACAUUUUGACCCAAUUCUGAACAGGUAAAAAACUAGCGCGAUUCCGUGGGUCCCGUGUAAACGAAAGGUGGAUCCGUGUAAGUUUUUGUCAGUUCAAAAAUUUGUCCGGACCCGUGCAAAUGUGGUCUUAAACUCCUUUGUUUUCGUUUAACGUGUUUGACUCUAUUUCUCCAGUGCUUAUCAGGUUAUAGUUCUGAAAGUGGCUGAUGGCAACGAGAACCUUCCACCCGAUUAUGAUUCUAAGCUCAAAGAUUCAGAAGAAGCUUCACAAUCUAACGUCGAUUUUUACAUUUCUGCUGAGUUAAGUAACGAGCCGGUGUACAAGACAGCCUGGGAAUUCACAGUUGGUGAUGGGAAAAACUAUGGAGUUUACAAAAACACCGUCUUGCAACAAGGGGAGGUUUAUAUUGUCUUUCAGAGGGCCUUAACUGAUGACCAAAACGAAAACGUAAGUAUUGAGCUGAAAGUCCAGUCAAACACAAGAUUGCCAUUCUGACAACAUUAUAGUCGGGUUUAACACAUGUAAAGGAAUGUACACCUAACUACAAUAGCCUUGUCUUAGAAUAAUGCUAAAAGGCAAAAAAAAAAAAAGAAAAGAAAAUUAAAAGAUAAAGAAAAAAUCAAAUAAGAAUUGAUUAGGCUUACUAAUAAACCACUCUAGGGUGCAUUCAUUUACAGCACAGGGAAAUAUAUGCAAAUGCGACGGCUGUACGCGUAUGUUGCAAAUGCACCUUUAAGUUAUUGUUAGUAAGUCUAAUUAACUCCUAUUUUGUUUUUUACAUUUUCCUUUUUUUUGCUUUUCGCAUUUUUCUGUGACAACGUUAUUGCAAUCAAGUGUAUCUGAAUAUGUAACAGCUAACAUAGCACAUUUCUAUUUAUAAAUGUUUAUAAUUAAUCUAAUCCAGUGUGUUUAGUUAUAAAUAUAUGUUGUGGAUCAAUAUCCUUGGAUUUUAAUUUUAUUUCCCUUUGUUGUUGGGUGUGGUAAUGUAUGAUAAUGAGUUUGAAACAAAGGAAAAAAAAUUAAACCAAGGAAAAAACUGAUCCACAACAUUUUUAUUACUUUUUGUUUACCUCAAACACUAUAGGUCGUUUUGAAAGGAAAUCACAUCAAGGUUGCCAAGAUAUCCGUUACUAACGGUGAGAAUUGGUCAAUGCUCUGUUGUAACUUAAAACAAUUUGACGUCCAUAACUGAAUCCCACUGAAAGAAAUCAUGUCCCCUUUGGCCUUUUGAGGUGACUUUCUCCUGCUUCGCACAGGGUCUGGUAGGGUAUUUCCGGGAUAUAGCGCGGGAUUCGGGAAAAAGCAAGAAUUUCUUGACGGGGUACGGGAUUCGCUAACAUCUUGGCACGGGAUGCGGUAUUUCAUAUAGAUAAGAAAACGGUAUUCGGGAUAGAUAUGACAGAAGUUCGGAAUGUGGGAUUGUCGUGUAAAUCUAGCGACAUCAUGAUCAUAAUCAUAAUCAUAAAUUUGUAAGUUAUGAUUUAGUGGGAACACACAGGUGCGAGAGGUGGAAAUAAAAGUGUGUACUUGUCGUUUUGAGUGCGAUGCUUGAAGAGUCGCUGCCAUACAAACCUACGGAUUAAUUGCAGUAAUGAUGGGCUUUAUCCCAUCGACUACAUUUAAUCAGCGUUUUUUUCGCCGUCGCGUAAUCAUGAUACACUGUGUAUUAAUCCUUUUGCUUCUGGAAUCAAGAGGACGUCUCCUGGCAGAAAACAGGGAAAAUCAAAGGCGCUUCUGGGUGAGACCAAUAUUGAAGGCAAGGAAAGCGUGCGGAUGUUAUCAUAGUCGUGUUCAAGAACUUCAACUAGGGAUCGAGGAAUAGCAUGAGCGGCAAGUUACUCCAACUAGGACGCUCACUGGCCAAAAUACAAUGAAAGAGCAUAUCCGAUUAUGAUUAUGACUAUGAGCGCUAGGUUUUACGUUCCCACUACGACAUAAGCAUUAUCACAAAAUGACUGAUCAUUUUCUUAUGAUUAUGAUUAUGUCGAUCAUAAGCGUCUUUAUGAUUAUUUUUUUGGCGUUUACACUACGACAUAAGCGACAUGAACGCCCCUACGACUAUGAUUAUGAUUGUUAUGUCGCUAGAGGAAACCAGCCCUAAGGGAAUGCGUAAUUUUGUUUGUUUGUUUGUUUUUUAUUGGCUUUUGCGGAAAAAGAAAAAAAGAAUCGACCUUUUAUAGAAUUUGGCUCACUGACGCCUUGACAAAGUUACAAUAUUGCCUGCUAAUUUCCACGAGUCAUCCAUUGAACGUUUUGAUACAACUGCAUAUGGAGUAUCGUUUGAAACUAUAAAGUCCUUCUGACAAAUCAAAUCACGCCAACCGAUCUUGAAUAUAUCACUCUGUUAUCCUGCAGAUAUUGGAAAAAAUGAUGCAUCUGAAGGUUCAAGUGGUACAAAUAUCAUUCCAAUAGUUGUACCAGUGGUGUUGCUAUUUCUCCUCAUACCAGCGGUGGUCAUUGUAUUUAUUUUUUAUCGAAGGUACGUCCUUGCUAACGGCUGCAAUGCUGUUGUUGUAGUAGUUGUUAUUGUUGUUGUUGUUUUUGUUGUUGUUACUGCUGUAGGGUUAGUUGUUGCUUCUCCAUUACCUGAGGGUCUGUGUGUGAUUGAAUUUUGAUUACGAUUGGGGAUUUCUCAUGGCGUCCAGCAAAAACUAAAAAAAUGCUGUGGAAUAUGACUUCUGAUAACCCAUUUCGUUUUUAAUUAGCUACGGGUGUAUUUUACAGCAAUUGAACUGGACCAACAUUCCGCUCUCGCUAAAAUGUUGCCUCGUUCGGUCGGUCCAAAUCGGAAGGGAGCGAAAAGGAAGAGGCACGUGCACCCAGUAGUUCGAAAACAAGAACAGUAAAAACAACAAAUUAAUUGCACAUCAUGAAUGAGAUUACAGGGAAUAAAAGUCGACUGAAAAGGAAAGAAAAGGAACAUUUCUCGCAACCCUCAGUUACCUUAAUUAAAUCGAGGCAGAAGUUGAAAAAAGAAAUGUGUGAAAACCUAGACGUAAUAAUAAUUUUACGUAGAGAAAUGUUUUACUUAUAGAGAGCGAAAGAGUAGGGAACAUCGUCCCCGGUGGGGUGAUCAAUCCUUCAAAGUGGAGGGGUCUAUCAUUAGCCCGCAGUAACUGGCCUCGUGCGCUGUUCCGGUUACCUGGCAUAGAAUGGUCGAGUUUUGCAAAUCUUGAUCCAUAUAUACAUCCAAAUAUUUUUCACGUUUAACUUGCCCGUCAUGCUGGGUUGAUUAGGUCAAUUCUGUGCUAAAGUCAUUACUUUGUCCCUUUACCGAUGUACAAAACGCUCCUGUAGAGUCAUGAAGAAGAUAUCGAUCAAAUUUCAUCAGGAAGCAUUAACGUCUAAUAAUUUUUUUGGCGAUAUUUUAGGCAUAACAAUAAAACUUGAAAAAGCUGGCUCAACUUUUUCAGCCUUCAAUCCAAGUCCAUCCUUACCAUCCGUUGCAAAAGACGACAGGGGACAUUUUCAAUUAGUAAAUAUAGUCUUAAAUAUCAAGAACUGGACCGUUAUUUUUGAAAUUCGAUUGAUUCGAAGACACGUUUUAACUUUUUACAAUAGGGAGUUUAAGAUACAACAACGGCGACGGCGGCGAAAACGUCACUUAAAAAGUGAUUUGACGUUUUUUGAAACUGCAGCGCAAUUAUCACAACUCGCUCAUUUUGUCCAAUGAAGGCAAACUUUCCUGGAUUUAAAUUCUUAAGAAAGAUAUGCAAGUUUAAAGAGAGAAAGAGAAAUUCGUCGUCGUAUGUUCACGUUGUCGAUUAAACGUUAAAUUAGGCAAUUCAUGUCGUAGUGGUGCAGUGACGGUAAAGAAAUGUACAAAAAAGUGUGAUGCACGUGCGAAGUUGUUGUUUUGCUAACCUAAACCUAUUGCUUUUUUGAAGUUCUCGUUGCCGUCACCGUAGUGACAUCUUAAAUUCGCUAAUAGUAAUGGCCUGUUUACAUGAAGGUGGGGGACCUCAGGUAGGUGAGGUAACCUGCUUAGAUGGGAUAAAAAAAAAUAACUUUCCUUUACAUGCAAUCCUUACAACCCCGCCAUCCCGGGGUGCACUUUCUCAAGCUUAUUGAAUGGUCACUAAGCACGUAAACAAGAAAAAUGGUGGCAAACCACGUGUUUUGGCGAUUAAAGCACUUCUACACUCAUCUGUUGCUCUUGCUGCAACCUUUAGUGCAAUGGCUUUCUAUUGUUAACUUUAAUAAUGAUGCAAAGCCACCGCCAAAGUGAAUUUUGCACGAAUUUGAUGUAUCACGAGUCCGACCCCGGCCAGGCGGGUUACCCCACCUUGAAACGUUUACAUGGCAAACUUGGCCCCGGCUGAGAGCGUAACCCGGUCUGGUAGACCGGGCUACCCGCCUUGGCGAGUCACCCCAGCUAUCAUGUAAACGUGAUCAAAUUAAAAUGAGAGAUUAUAUGGACAGGCGGUUUACCCCACCUAAGCGAGUUACCUCACCUACCUGGGGUUCCCCACCUCCAUGUAAACAGGCCCUAAGUUUACGCAACAGGACGGCAGAACGAAGAGGGCAGCAAAACGCUUGUGUGUGACAAACGUGACAGGCCUAUUACUUACGUGUUUUGUGGUGAUCUUCACUUAAGUUAAUGUUUCCUGGUCUUUUACAAAAAGUCCUGCUUAAAGGAGGGUGAAGUUCGGCGGAAAAAAUUAUUGUCACGCUUGUCACACAAGGUUUGCCGUCUUCUUUCCUCUCCCGUCCUGUUGCGUAAGCUUACUAAUUCAGCAAAUAGCGUGACUUACCCCCUUUGUAUUUUGUAUUUCUCGGUUAUCAUUAGGAGGAAACGAUCAAAAAAUGGAGGCGACAGCAAAGCCCCUAUUCCUCUCGAUAGCGUGGGCAGUGACAUGGGUCUCGAUAGCACGGUGUACCAAACUAUUACUGAAGUUAACUCCCCCACCAAACCAGACGAGGUUUAUUCAAAUGUCGUUGUGGAUUCACCCAAAACAAAAUCAGACGAACAAAUCUACCAGAACACUAAGGACGGUUCCGCAGGGACAGCAGCAAAGCCAGUCUACCAGAAUAUUGCUGGCAUGCGUAAUGAAAAGGGUAAAUGCCAUCAUUGUUUUAUGUGUCUUCGGAUUUCCUGAAGCCAGAUGACAGUCGACUGAAAAUCGCCCAACAAGUGCAAAAGCGUCGGUCAGCGGUGUUGCAGCCUGUUGUAUUUGUACAGCCAUUGUUAUUGGCUGAAGUCUUGUUGUUGUUGUUUUUGUUGCUGUUUUUGUUGUUGUUGUUGUUGUGGUUGUUGUUGUUGUUGUUGUUGUUCUUCUUCUUCUUCUUUUUCUUCUGCUGCUGCUGCUGCUGUUGCUUCUUCUUCUUCUUCUUCUUCUUCUUCUCCUUCUUCUUCUUCUUCUUCUUCUCCUUCUUCUUCUUCUUCUUCUUCUUCUCCUCCUCCUCCUCCUCCUCCUUCUUCUUCUUCUUCUUCUUCUUCUUCUUCUUCUUCUUCUUCUUCUUCUUCUUCUUCUUCUUCUUCUUCUUCUUCUUCUUCUUCUUCUUCUUCUUCUUCUGCUUUAUCCAAUUUGUUCAACUCUAAAUUAGUUUUGUUAAUUUCAAAUUUGUCUUUAUUUAGCAUUCAAUUGAAAGUCAUCACAUAAAACUUCUUAGAUAUAAAUAGAUUGGUGCUGUCUUUACGGAUACGGUCUUGAUUGUCUCGAAUACCACUCGAUCACAUGCGACUGUGUUUAGGAUUGUUGAUAGAGAAACCCCGGUUUACAAACACCCGCUUAAUACGGACACCUAAUCAUUACGGACGGUUUCUAUGACCACCUCAGUGUCUGCAUUAACCAGUAAACGAGAUUUGACACUAUUCCAAAGAUAUCUUGUGGUCCCAAAGGUGCAAAACUUCAUAUAAUCUCUCCUGCAGUCAAACCCCGUUAGUAAGGAUACUGAAGGGGCCAUUAACAAAAAGUGUCCGUAUGAACGGGGUGUCUGUAAAGAAAGGUUUGACUGUAUGGUCAAACCCCGUUUGUACGGACAUUGAAGGAGGGGGGGGGCAUUAAGAAAAAGUGUCCGUAUGAACGGGGUGUCCGUAUUAAGCGGGUCUCCGUAAAGCAGGGUUUAAUUGUAUGGUCAAACCCCAUUGUACGGACACUGAGGAAAGGAGGGCAGGGUGGGGGGGGGGGGGGGGGGCAUAAAAAGUGUCUGUAUUAGCCUGAUGUUCAUAUUGAGCGGUUUACAUUUAAAGAAAAUGUGAGACCUUUCUUUUGGCAGGAACAAAGCAAACUGUCAGUAAUAAAGAGAUGUCCGUGUUAAGCGGAUGUCCUUAAUGCGAAGUUUGACUAUACUGUAUAAUAAUACAAACAUCUCUGAAAUCAAGGACUAUGGGCUUGACUCUUUGUUUUUGACUGUUUGUGUGUUCGUAGUGAUACAGUAAAAACCCGCGUAUAAGAACCUGUUAGGCUAAGGUUGUCCAUUUAGACCCCUUUUGCUUAUUUUGAGAAAUUCAGUUGAACACUGAAUACACAAAUUUAAUAGAACAAGCUCUACCAGUUAGUAAAAUGAAGAUAAACAGAAUACAAUGUUUAAAUGUUGUUUUUGAGACUUGAGGUAUUUUGCUUCAUCCAGAUACUGCACAGACAGCAAAGAUUAAAGAAGACGAGCUUGUGUAUAGUGAAGCACAAGAUGACAAACCCAAACCAGUUCCCGCGUCUAAGUAUGUAGCGUACUUCAAGAGCAAGGCCAUUAACAGAGCAGCUGUACUGAGAAAAGAAUUUAAGGCAAGUCCAAAUCAUGCAUGCCAUUUAAUUAGUAACCAUUUGUUAGAAAUACGUGUCUCGCAAACCCUCGCGAAACCCGGUUAUAAUAGCGUCAUUCAAGUUAAGCCAAGACGGCCGCGGUUAGGAAGUGGAUAGUUGACUAGCCUCGGAUAUUACAUAUGAAGUUUCUGCCUACUCGUUUCUUUCUUUUCUUCCUUUUUUUCUCUGAGACAAGAAUUUAAUGCAAGUGGAAAUUAUGCAUGUCAUAAUAAGUCACCUUAUAUUAAGUCAUGUUUAAUGAGGUUAUAAAGGCGCCAUUCAAGUUAGCUAGACCAAGACGGCCGCGGUUAGGAAGUGGAUAGUUGACCAGCCCUGCAUAUUACAUAUGAAGAUUCUGCCUACUCGUUUCUUUCUUUUCUUCUUUUUUUUCUCUGAGACAAGAAUUUAAUGCAAGUGAAAAUUAUGCAUGUCAUAUUAAGUCAUGUUUAAAAAACGAGCAUGAAUGUAUUAUCGGGUUUAAAAACUCGAUAGAGUUUUUAAACCUGAUAAUACAUGACUGCGAGAUUUUUAUGAACGGCUUCAAAAUCUCUGAUAUUAGCAGAUAUAAAGACACUCAUUAAACAUUUUUGUCUUUUUUUUUCUUUAUAAAUUAUUUAUGAGUUUAAACACUCUUCCAAGCGCAUAGUGCAUGUUAACCCUCGGACGUACACGCAAAUUCAUACCCCACCGUGGUACAAGGGGGUGGGGGGAGGUGGAUGGAACCCCUCCCCGGACUUUUAAAUAUCUUGCAGUAUUUUGAAACGAUUUUACCUUUAGUGGAAAGCCUUUGAUGUUCUUAACAAGAUAAGGUAUAUUUUAUGGGUGGUGGCCCUGCUGGAGGCCUGUGACGUCACCAACAAUAAUCGCCAUCUUGGAUUUUACCAACAAUUAGAAAUAAGGUUAAAACCGCGAGAAAUGGUAAUUUUUUGUUCUUUACAUGAAACAUAACACGUAAAUAAGCACUUUAGCCACAGGAUUUACUUUUAUUGUUGAAAGAAGUUGAAAAAGCAUGUAUUUUCACCGAAAAUUGGCUUGACCACCUUCUACUUAUGACGUCAUACCUCGUAACCCCCCCUCCCCUCCCCCCCCUCCAAAGUGCACGUCCGAGGGUUAAAAUAAUUACUGAGUUAAACAUCAAUUUAGUUAUGUAUUAGAGUAGCGGGAUAAGAAGACGAAAAGCUUCCUCUUAUUUUAGGACAGAACACAACCUUAACGUUAAAAAAAAAUGAUAAUUGUGCUCUCAAGCAUUUCCUCAUUAAUCGAUGUUGUCUGUCCUAACCGCUUCUCUGCAGGAAUUGCCUGGAGGCAUGCUCUCUCCCUAUGAGGUUGCAACGAACAACAAAUCUAAAAACCGUUAUGGUAACAUAGUCACCUGUAAGUUUGUUUGUUAAUUUAUUUUUUGAAUUAUUUUUCAAUACAUCGUUCUGCUGACUUUACUUCAUGUUCGAGUAUCCCCGCCCCAAAAGAAAAAUGCGGAGACAAUUUACAUCCUGGCUUGAAAGAGGUUUGAACUAAUGAAACAUGCGACAUAACAUUUAGUACUUAUAUCAAUUUUAUAUCGCUAAUUACAUCAAGUUACUGUUCAGGAUGAAAAGGAAUAACAAAUACGAUAAAGGUCGAUCACGACUUUUGUAUGCGAACUCAAAUCUCUAACAUCCUAAGAUUCACUAUUUUGAUGUUUAUAAUUCGAAUUUAAAAGCAAGAUUACACACCAUAAUUUUAACUUUUGUUUUUAACCCCAGCUAGUAACGUUCUCCAAGCAGCGCCGAUCUCCUGGUUUUGGGCCCCCAACGGACUCAGCGAAUUUCGAAUUUCCCUUCAACCUGAUUGGCAAAUAGGCCUUAUCACGGUUUUCGACGCCAUCUUGACGGGUAGGCAAAUAGGCAGAAAAUUACAGUGUUUGUAUGAGAAUCCGAUGUGGAAUAAUUUUCGUAAAACGUCCGUUUUGAAAAAACUAUGAAAUGUAAACUAAAGUUAUUAGACAAAAGAUUCUUCUCACAAAAUUCGAGGGCCUCGCCUGCCCUAGAAUCGCUUCUUUUAGUGACCUUUAAUUUCCAAUACAUUUAUCUGUAAAAAGGUUUUCCCGCCGACUAAAUUUCCCGGGAAAAAUUAUAGACAAAUGUAUAGAAAAUCUAAAAAGCUAUCGAGAACGUUUUAGCGCGGAUACAGCCCUCAAAAUUUGUCAGUAGAAUCCUCUACCUUGUAGCUUUAGUUUACAAUUUAUAAUUGUUUCCAAACGGACGUUUUACGAAGAUUAUUCGACAUCGGAUUCUCAUACAAACCUGUAAUUUUACGCCUGCUUGCCUACCUGUCAAGAUGGCGUCGAAAACCGUGAUAACGCCUAUUGACAACGGCUUU